GUAGCCAGCAGCCCUGGUUGAGCUGUGCAGGUAGGUGCAGGCAGAGGGGGGUGCACUGGGUGUGGGGUUCAGGCACCAGGUGGCAGUGCUGGGGGUGGUGGGUGCUCCCCCAGGGCAUGCUGGGAGGGUGCAGCAGGCUGGGCACUGCCCAUGGCAUUGGCUGGGGGCACAGGGGGCACCACAUACUCUCCCCAUUCUAACCAGCAAUAAACAGGCCAGCCAGGGGAACUUUGUGAUCAGCUAGGUGUGAUACUCAGUACCACUAUACACAGGGCAGGGAGCAACCCAUCACCACAGGCUGGGCAGCACUGGGCACUGAGGGGGCAAAUUCAUAUAUAAAAAAAUAAAAAAAAAUAAAAAAAAAUAUAUAUUUAUUAUAUUAUUUAUUAUUUUUUUAUUAUUUAUUAUUUUUUUGUUUUUGUUGUGUUUUACUGAAAUUUGACUAUUCUUGCAUUUAUUUUAUACAAUAAUGCAUUAGAAACAAAGGUUUUUGUUUUUUUUUAGUGGAAGAAAAGGUAAAUAUAUCAUUUAAAAACAAAAUUAAAUAUAAAUAUAUAUGUGUUUUAUUUUUUUAAUAGGUGGAGAGUAAUCUGAUUCGGAAAAAGAUUUUAGAAAAUGAAUUCCGCACGUAAAUUGAGGUGACGGGUCGACAAAAGGGUGCUAAGGGGCUUGUUCAUCAAACUGCGCAUUUACGGAACGUUGGCAAAAGAAGAUUUUAGGCCAAAACGGUCAAGAGCUGAUUUGAGGAAUUAUUUAUAAUCCGGCUGUUUUUGCCUAAAUUCUAUAAUUAUUUUGUCUUUUCAGGAAAAUUCGUGGUUCGGUGGAUACGCUCCAAAAUGUAGUCUGGGGACAUUGAAUAAGACAGUUGGUAAGUAAAGUAUUCACUAAACAGUGAUCUGCAAUGGGUUGACAGACAGCUUGCGUAAUUUAAUUUAAAAAAAAAAAUGGGAGUGAAAUAUUGAAACUUUUCCAGUUUGUCUUAUUUUGGCUCAGCAAGAUUUAUUCACUAAAGUGUCAUUUGUCAGAAUUUAAAGUGAGUUUCGUAAAACAAAAGUGGGAAUGUACCCAGUUAUGCCAAUCUAAUUAUGUCCCAUUGGGAAGAAUCCUAUAUAUAUAUAGAGGGCGUCUGCGCCACUAUGGCCACUAUAUAGAUAAUAUGUUUAUGACCUUUAGAAGAUUUUAAUAAGUUUAAUUUAAUUUUUUUAAAUCAAAAUGAUUGGGGUAUACAACUAACUAGCAACAUCAGUAAUCGGCAUAUAUAUAUAUAUAUAUUUUAAAAAUAUAUUAAAAAUGAACGUAUUAAUAAAAAAACACAUUUAAAAAAAAAAGACACUAACUGGUACAUUUUAUUUAACAGUGGAUAUUUGAACCAGUGGCUUACAAAUAUGCAAAAUGGUUAAUUACUUAAAAUUAAGUUAAUCAGGAAUUUUUAUUUCAAGCAAUCCUCUUUAAGAUAGGGUUAGAGAUAAAAAAAAAAAUACCCAGAAGUUAUUUUAAGUAAAACUAUAGAUGAUGUCAAACUGAUUCCCAGAAACACACUUUUAUCAGAAAAAAAGAGUAAAUAAAUAAAGGAACUUCAGAUGUUAAUUGUAAUCCAACUAUUUUUAAUUUUAUUAAGGAUUAUAGAAAAAUAAAAGGUGUUUUUAAUACAUUUUGGCCUAUUUUACUGCUAUACCAGUGGUUCCCAACCCAGUCCUCAAGUAACCCCUUACAGUCCAGGAUUUAAGGAUUACCCACUUGUGUCUAAGAAGUGUAAAAAAAAACAAACAAACAACACUUUAGACACAACAGGGUAAUCCCUAAAUCCUGGACUGGGUUGGGAACCCCUGUGCAUGACGAUGGCUUAAAAACAAUUUUAGAAACCUAGAACCAUUUUUAGAGAAGCUCAUAAAACUAGUUUGGAAAAAAAAGAGGUAGCAUUUUAACUAAAUUCUCUCACACUUAACCCCUUAAGGACCAAAUUUCUUGAAUAAAAGGGAAUCAUGCCAUGUCACACAUGUCAUGUGGCCUUAAGGGGUUAAGGGACUGAAUACAGAGUUCGAUUUUUUUUUUUUUCUUUAUAAUAUUUUUAAUAUUUAAUUCAUUCAAUUUAAAAAAGAAAUCUUUUAUUUUUUUGAAACAUUCCUUGUUUUAUGAUUCUAUAUGAAACCCAUUUUUUUUUUUUUUGCUUUUUAUUGGUGUUUUGGUACGUAUCUAUAUUUACUUGCUGUUGUGCAUAUUUUUAAUAUGAUAUUCAUAUGUGUGUUUUUUUGUUUUUUUUUCCUCUUUUUAAUUAUGGUAUUCAAUUGAUUGUAUUUUCAUGAAAGGGACCUUGCUAGAUAACUCUAUUUACUCCUUAUAGAUUGCUAACUUACACAAUGUAACUCAAAUUGCUAAAUUUUAAAGUUGGAACUUAAUUGCUUAUUAACUAUCCAAUUUGUAUCGCUAUAUAACAUCAGAAUGUUGGACUGGCUCUAUCUUGCAUUCGAAGAAGCACCAAAACGCGGAGCGAAACGCAUCAUGCCGAUGGUCUGAAAUUGAGGCUAAGGUUGAAGAGAAGACGCCAAACACGGCAAAUUGGUCUGGAGACGCUGCUUACAGAUUUCAUCCCUGCGGUAUCUCGGACUUCACUAUAUUCACACAUUUGUGGGAUUCCCCUCAUUCCGGUUUUGAGAAUUUGAAGAAUUAAAGGUUGCAUUACGUUUAGACUAACGACUAGUGAAUUAUUUUUGGAAAUAUCGUUUUGGAUCCAUCGCACACAGGGAGCUUGAUCCGUCCCGAGACAUCAAGCGACACUGACACUUAAUCCACGCAAUGUUUGUGAGUUUACAUCUACCUAUGUUUUACACUAUCUAUGUAAUGUCUGCACUGUGUUUUACUGUUUGUUUUUAUGGUUACACCAAAGAUUACUCCAACUACCAUUACCACUUCUACUUUUAGAAGUGGUCGUGCUGGUACGAGUCAUUAUGUGCAACAUUUCUGCUUGAACAUCUCUGUACAUACUGGGAUAUUUGCACUUUUGUGUUGGGGGCUCAUUACACCCCCAUACAUAUGACACAAGUAUUUAUCCAGUGCAAAAAUUAAGUCUGUCGUCAGCUCGCACUACAUGGUGGCGACAGAUGUAAUGAAGUAGUGCGUCUACGAGGGGAAGCUUCAGUGUCCCAGCGCUCCCCAUCUCCCUUCGUUCAUCAUAAGGGACUUUUUUUUUUUAAUAUACAAUGUUAAAUACCCACACCCACUCCUCCCAGCUCAGAGGGUUCACAGGCACGCUGAACUGGGAAAGAACCGCCAAUCAAAUGCUUCUCUCUAAAAGAAACAUUUAAUUGGGCCUCGCGAAGGAGGCAACCUUAUUAGAACAGGUUGGAGUAACCCUUUAUUUUUUUAAAUAAUUAUUUUGCCCCAUAAAACCACCCUUUCUGACUUUCCCAAAAAGCUGCAGUGAUUAUAUUAUAUAUUCCUACCUGUAAAUGAUGUCAUGACUUCUGGGAAUUGUAGUUCAGCCGUAAGCAGAUACACUAGAAAACUAAUAAAACUGAACUACAACUCCCAUAAACCCUUGCUGUACCCCUUAAAGCACUUACGGGUUAAGCUCAUCUACGCUAUGAAAAGUUAUGUGAGCAUCCUGGUUGGCGGAGUCACUUCCUGGUUUGGUGUGCAUUCACUACAAAAGCUGUGUAAAAUUAACCAUUCAUGUUUACUCAGCCCUUGCCCCCUGGAAUUAUAAAUCCAAUGAAAUUAAUAUAUACUUAUUUUCAGUUUAUAGAAUCACUAGUUUAUUUUUUUCAUCUCCUACAGACACAGAUGCAUGAUGAAUCGUCUAUCUUGUGCCGAGUUCGGAGAACCGCCUCGGCAGCUAAAAUUUGCAAGCAUUGUGCAAAUUACUGGGGUAAGUUUAUUAUUCAUUAAAAGCCUGGUCAUAACAUAUUAAUAGCACCCACCUGCCGUAGUGAGUCUGCCAUUUACUCUCAUCUUGCAUAAAACUUCCGGCACUAUUUGUCAUUUCACCCAAUCCAGUGCUUCCCCCUAGGGUUAUUGAGAAUAUUGACCCAGUUACACAGUGGAAGCACCAUUUAGUGGAGCUAAGUUAACCGUGCAAUGAUAGCUUGCCGCGUUUACUAAACGGCAGUUAAAGGGUUAAAACGAGAGCGCCACGAAACCCAGAUCACAUGAUUGAGAUAAAGUAGUCAGUGUGCUUUUAGCAAUCCUUUAGAGUGCUGCUUGAAUAAGCUAGAUUUAGUUCUGUAUUCAGUUUAACUGUGCUCAAGCAGUAAUAUUCCUGAAACGGAGGUGUAGGCGUGUAUGGCUUAAUUUGUGUUUAUUUAUGGAAAUGACAUGACUCCAUUUACUUUAGACGUCUGUGUAUUAUCAUCCAUCAGUGCCAACGGAGGUGCAGUGAAAGGGUUAAACCAAAAACAUAACAAAACAAAAAAAAGACAAAAAGCGGUGUCUUGGAUAUUGAGGGGGUCAUUCUCUCGUGAGAGAUGAUCAGAUGACUUUGAGUCCUGCAUUAAACGCCUGUUGCAUAAUAUGGUUGGCAUAUGACACGUCCUGUCCACGCUGCCGCCCUCCUGUGGCUACAGCUCAGUACUGCGAGCACAUAUCUCUUAGGCAAGCAAAGAGUGGAAAAACCACUGAGACAGAUUAAAGGGUGGUUGGGUCACACACAGCCUGUACCUGUUUUUUUGGAUUUUCACUUCCUGCUAUUAUUUCAGCUUGCUGCUCCUCACAUACACACAGCUGUGUGUUGGAAUUACUGAUUUUCCUACAUGGCAUUCGUGUUUUGGGAUGCAUUGUUGAGGUUGCUGUAUAUUGCUCCCCCCACGGUGCUGAAUGGGCUGCUCCUGCGGGGGGUGUGUGAGGGAGGGCAGGAGGGAGUAAGUGAGUGUUGCAGGAGCUUACAUUGGUAUAGCUUGUGUGUGGUUAGUGCAAAGCUGAAAAUGAUUCAGAGGAUUCAGCAAUGACCAGUUUCCUCCCAGCAAACAGGCCGUGUCCAUUCUCUGUCUGUAAGUAAUUGAGUGGGGGUCUGUGCUGGGUGGGAUCCACUAACCUUUAUCUUUCUACAUCUAUACAUAUGCAUUAUAUGCUAAGCAUGCGGUUUCCUACCUCUAUUGUUUUGGAAAUUCCCUCCUUGUCAGACAGCUACGAGCAAAUCCUCUUAUCCUUUUGUUCUGCUGGUUUGAAGUGCUAGCUCUUCGGGCUACAAACCUUCAAUCCAAGCUCUUGCAAUCAUGCUAUUGUCUGUCUUCUUUGUACCUGGGGUUUAGCAGUGUAUUUAGAGAAUUUAUGUAACUUGAUCAGAGUGCAUUGUGGGAUAUGUAGUCCUUAUAUUAUUUUUAAAUUUUAUUUGAUAUAUUUUUAAAUGGUUUUUUUAUGACAGGGCAGCAUGUUUUGCCUGGAAGCAAUUUAAUCUGCAGUAGUCUAAAAUGGGGCUAAGGUUGGGGAGGUUUUUAACCCUUUUAUUUUCUUUUGUGACAUGACCCCCAGAUGGGUUUUCUGCGUAUUACAGAUCGUUGAUUAGUGGAUUGUUCAUUUUAGAGAGCAUAUUUCACUCACUGCACAUUGUCGGAGUAUUACGUAGAAGUAUAAAGAUUGUAUCUGUGUAGACCAUGAAGCUUAGAAUGAAUCAGGUCACGGCCCCAUAACCUCUUCUCCACGUUCACAUGGUGUUGGGCAUGUUUAAACUAGGGGCCGUGUGUGCCAGCAGAUUAUUGGGUUGGGCUCCAACAGUGCAGGGCUCUCAUCCUAUUGUACUGUGCCAUGGCACAUGUUGGCACUUUUAUAAAUAAAUGUGACUUCGUUGCUUUGGAUUAUCUUGACAGCCUCCCACAAUGCACAUUUUAUUUUCACUGAUACAAGGGAACUUCUUGUCUUUAGAUUCAUACAGUAUGGAGACUGGGCGAUUAUCAGGAUGUGUAUUAUUUUUUUUUUUUUUUUUUGGCAGUCCUAUCUUUUCUCUCCGAGGUAAAAUGAGCUCCCUGAAGAUAACAUGCUUGGGUGUAAGUGGGUUGGUAGUUGUAACAGGGCUGAUGAGUCUGCCUGCAAAUUUUUUGGACAGGUUCAAACCAUACUGAUUUUCCAGGAAAGAUAGGAAGAUUUCCUGACGAUCAGAACCGGGUCAGACCUUUUAAACCAAACUGCGAAAUCGAAGGGAAUUACAAAUUUCACAGCUAAACAGAUAAAGCUGGACAAAUAGCCCAGUAGCACUUAUUUUUGUUGUAAAUUUAAAAAUUGUGCAUUUUGGCCUAAAAAUUCCAAUUCCAUAUUGCUUGGAAUAAGUGAUGUAAUAAGUAACUGUGCAGAUAGGCUCAUUGUGCCUUUUUGGCAGUAGAUUUUCUUGGUGUUGGUUAGGACGACACGGUGAGUUUGCCUCUUGUGUUGUGUUAUCUGGCUCAGACACUGCUGGGUUUUAGAGGCCGGGUACUUACUGUGACACUAGACAGAGUGCUGAGUAUGUGUCUAGUACCAGGAGACUGCUUGGCACCCAGGGUUAUCCACCGUAAUGUAGAUUAAGGUUAUACUAGCCGAACUGAAAACAACAUGGAGAAUUUUAUUAUAUUUUUUCAAUUCGACUAUCUUGGCCUUAAAUUUCAAAUUCACGUUUGAAUUCCAUCAAUUUACACUUUAGUGAAUAAGCCGGUGUGUUUGUGUGAUCAGGUAGACCCAGACCAUGAGGCGAUAUCCUGGGAGCAGAUUGCCGGGAUAGGCUCAGGCGUUGCUGAGUGUCUUCGUUUUUAGUUUGUGGUAUUUAUUAUGUUUGCUUCUAAUUGCAAAUAUAUUAAAAUGCAGAUUCGAGGGCUGCUUGUGUAUGUGUUAAUAAUAAAGCACCCUGGUUAGAUGAUUCCGGCUCUCCCACAGAAAUGAAUAUGUUUAACUUGCUGUGACCUCCUGACUGCAGAUUAGCACUAACAUGCUUGCUGUGCAUUGUGCUGUGGUUUGUGCUAAGACUACAGUUCCCUGCAUGCUUUGCUUCCACCUCUGAUGUCAUGCCCCUCCCUAUGUUGUUUGUGUAUUGCGCGGGAGGCUUACUACUGCAUUCGCAGCAUGGUGGGUGCUCCCUCUUGUGUCUGCAGAGGGAAUGCAGUGAGUAUUUUUUUAAAUUUAUUUUUUUAUUUUUUUUCCUUCAAGUUUUGGUCACUAUUUUUAAAGUGCCAAGAAAUUCUGCAGCUCCGUACAAAGGACAAUAGACACUUGUGACAAAUUACACAUUUAGGAAUAAGAACUCCUUUUUCUAUUUUUACUCAAAAGCUUGCAGUCGAAGUGACUGGUGACAAUAUAAAAUGUAUUUUCGGGCCAGAUUAGCUUUGCCUUGGAAUACGUGGGGGAGAGAAGAUUUUCACAGUAGUCUCUGGCUUAUACUUGCCAAACAAGGUGCAAAAUCUUAGACAAAGUUGGGGGAGAAUCUUUAACGCAGCUCAUUUUGACCUUUUGCUAAUGAAAUGAGUUGGUCACUGAUUUACAUGUUCCUAAUCUAUUUUUCCCAUGAUGCUGAACAUCAUGAGAAAAAUUAAUUUGGGAACAUCUGGUGGUGUCAAAGAUGGCCACCACUAACCUACAUGGGUCUUUUUUUUUUCUGUCUGCAACCUACCAGGAAGUCCACACUGUAGUUAGUUUGUUUUUCUCACUAAUCAGUAUGUGGCAAGCAAAGCACAGUAUUGUGGUAGUGUGGUACUCGUACAAAUGUUAAUGGUUUAGCACAUCUCGCCCCACACUUUGUUCCAAUAGGGAUUCUCUAUUCUUGAACUUCCUGUAAUACAGAAUUCUUGUAGUGUAAGCUGUGAGUCCAAAAAUAAAUCAUGGGAGAUGUCUAUAGGAGUUAACGGGACAUGCUGAGCAACAUUACUGCUAAAGGUUGGUGUGUUUAUUUUGUAGAAUCUCUGGAUGCCAUCCCUUGGCUUUAAUUUAAUUUUUAUUUUUUUGGUUUUCAGAGAAACCAUUUAAUUGCCUCAUCUUGGCCACACCAACUAUGGAGAAUUUAGAAUUCUGCAAUUAUCAUUGACUGUGUUGAUGAGCUUAAAACCAUGCGCCCCAACCCUCUCAGCCAAUCACUGCUGCCCGUUUGGGAUUAAAUUGACACGGAUAAUAGGGGGAGAGUAAAAUCCAUAUUAUUGAUGCGGCGGUCUCCAGGUGCCAAGGAGAGCUGUAGUAGUUAUGUUGCCAAUUCUGGAGGGAGGUUGGAAUAUAUGUGGCAAUCCGCAAUAGAUCGUUCAACUUUUAGAAUGUUGCUGUAGAACUGAGUGCGCUUGUAACAUUGUCUCCACAAUGAUAACGGAUGUAAAAGUAAUAGAUUCUGUCAGGGCUUGCUGAUUCUGUCAGUGUCAUUUAUCUGCAGUGUGAAUUGUUACCAGCAAUUCAAAGUGAGUCAAAUUAUGGACAUUCCGAAGAAAGGGAACGUUUUUACAAAGAGUAUUAUAACAAGUCUUUCUCAACAAUACAAAGCCCAACCCCUACUCUGACAUCAUUUUAAUAGUACACUAGAUGUUUAAGUAAUUUGGAGAAUGAAAUCCCGAUUCAUGAUCAUAGGUUUUUAUUUAUUUUAAAAAAUAAAAAUUUUUUUUAACCCCUUAAGGACACAUGACAUGGGUGACAUGUCAUGAUUCCCUUUUAUUCCAGAUGUUUGGUCCUUAAGGGGUUAAAGGUCUAGCUUUAGUUCCUGGUGUUGAGGACCGUGUAGACUCCUCUCUGAUUCUACACAUUUUGUGAACGAUUUGUCUGCCAUUAUGGGAAAUGGAGUCCGUCCGCAGCAGUUAGACUGGCCAGCCACUGGCCUUGUAGUUUUAGUGUAUAUUCUACCCAGAAAAUCGAAAGAUGGCAACACUAUACGUGGGACUCCAUCUGCUCUUGGCUAAGAUCCCCAAGGGGAAAAAUCUAUUGCACUACAACACCUAUCAUGCUUUGGCAGCCCUGAAGGUUUGACUGCCACGGCAUUAGUUAAAUGUUGCUGUAACGUCUUUUCUCGGUAACAUGGGGUCUCACAGUAUGUAAAAAGCCUUCCAUAAAUAACAUGACAUCUCACUGUAUGUAAAGGGCCUGUGCGAUAUUACUACUGAUGUGAUGUGUCUGUGUAUGUCAAGGGCCCCAUGUGUUGUCAUAGUGUUAGUCCAUGUAAUAUUUAUAGUUUGUGAUGUUGUUAUAGUCCGUGUGAUAUGCUGUUAUAGUUAGUCCAUGUGAUAUUAGUGUGAUUCUGUCAUAGUUAGUCCAUGUGGUGUUAGUGUGUGAUGUUAUCCAGUAUAUACAGAAGGCACUGUGUGGUGAUGUUGUAAUAGCCCAUGUGCUAUUUGUGUAUGUAAUGUUAUAUAGUAUAUGCAGGCCCUGUAUGUAGUUGUCAUACUGUAUGAAGGAGACCCUGUGUGGUGAUGUUGUUAUAGUCCAUGUGACAUUAGUCUAUGUACUGUUUUAUAGUAUAUUCAGGCCCUUUUGUGAUGUUAUAGUGUAUUAAGGAGACCCUGUGUGGUGAUGUAGUUUAUGGUCCAUGUGAUACUGGUAUAUGUAAUGUUAUAUAGUGUAUGGAGACUCUGUGUGAUGUUAUUGUGUAUGAAGGAGGCCCUGUGUGAUGUUGUAGUUAUAGUCCAUGUGAUAUUAGUGCAUGUAAUGUUGUAUAGUAUAUGGAGGCCCUGUGUGGUGGUGUAGUUAUAGUGCAUGUGAUAUUAGUGUAUGAAGGAGGCCCUGUGUGGUGUUGUAGCUAUAGUCCAUGUGAUAUUAGUGCAUGUAAUGUUGUAUAGUAUAUGGAGGCCCUGUGUGGUGGUGUAGUUAUAGUGCAUGUGAUAUUAGUGUAUGAAGGAGGCCCUGUGUGGUGGUGUAGCUAUAGUCCAUGUGACAGUAGUGUAUGAAGGAGGCCCUGUGUGGUGGUGUAGCUAUAGUCCAUGUGAUAUUAGUGUAUGAAGGAGGCCCUGUGUGGUGUUGUAGCUAUAGUCCAUGUGAUAUUAGUGCAUGUAAUGUUGUAUAGUAUAUGGAGGCCCUGUGUGGUUGUGUAGUUAUAGUCCAUGUGAUAUUAGUGUAUGAAGGAGGCCCUGUGUGGUGGUGUAGUUAUAGUCCAUGUGAUAUUAGUGUAUGAAGGAGGCCCUGUGUGGUUGUGUAGUUAUAGUCCAUGUGAUAUUAGUGUAUGAAGGAGGCCCUGUGUGGUUGUGUAGUUAUAGUCCAUGUGAUAUUAGUGUAUGAAGGAGGCCCUGUGUGGUGGUGUAGUUAUAGUCCAUGUGAUAUUAGUGUAUGAAGGAGGCCCUGUGUGGUGGUGUAGUUAUAGUCCAUGUGAUAUUAGUGUAUGAAGGAGGCCCUGUGUGGUGGUGUAGUUAUAGUCCAUGUGAUAUUAGUGUAUGGGAGGCCCUGUGUGGUGGUGUAGUUAUAGUCCAUGUGAUAUUAGUGUAUGAAGGAGGCCCUGUGUGGUGGUGUAGUUAUAGUCCAUGUGAUAUUAGUGUAUGAAGGAGGCCCUGUGUGGUGGUGUAGUUAUAGUCCAUGUGAUAUUAGUGUAUGAAGGAGGCCCUGUGUGGUGGUGUAGUUAUAGUCCAUGUGAUAUUAGUGUAUGAAGGAGGCCCUGUGUGGUGGUGUAGUUAUAGUCCAUGUGAUAUUAGUGUAUGAAGGAGGCCCUGUGUGGUGGUGUAGUUAUAGUCCAUGUGAUAUUAGUGUAUGUGAUAUUAGUCUAUGUGAUAUCAGUAUAUCAUCAGUGUGAUGAUGAUAUUAGUAUGGUGGUGAUGAUAUCAGUGUGAUGUAGUUAUAGUCCAUGUGAUAUCAGCGUGGUGUAGUUAUAGUCCAUGUGAUAUCAGUGUGAUGUAGUUAUAGUCCAUGUGAUAUCAGGAUGAUGAUGAUGAGAUCAGUGUGAUGUAGUUAUAGUCCAUGUGAUAUCAGCGUGGUGUAGUUAUAGUCCAUGUGAUAUCAGUGUGAUGUAGUUAUAGUCCAUGUGAUAUCAGCGUGGUGUAGUUAUAGUCCAUGUGAUAUCAGCGUGGUGUAGUUAUAGUCCAUGUGAUAUCAGCGUGGUGUAGUUAUAGUCCAUGUGAUAUCAGCGUGGUGUAGUUAUAGUCCAUGUGAUAUCAGCGUGGUGUAGUUAUAGUCCAUGUGAUAUCAGCGUGGUGUAGUUAUAGUCCAUGUGAUAUCAGCGUGGUGUAGUUAUAGUCCAUGUGAUAGCGUCGUGUAGUUAUAGUCCAUGUGAUAUUAGUGUAUGAUGGUGGUGGUGGUGGGGUGAUAGCAGUGUGGUGGUGGUGAUGAUAUUAGUGUAUGGUGGUGGUGAUGGUGGUGAUAUUAGUGUAUGAUGGUGGUGAUAUUAGUGUAUGAUGGUGAUAUUAGUGUAUGAUGGUGGUGAUAUUAGUGUAUGAUGGUGGUGGUGAUAUUAGUGUAUGGUGGUGGUGAUGGUGAUAUUAGUGUAUGGUGGUGGUGAUGGUGAUAUUAGUGUAUGGUGGUGGUGAUGGUGAUAUUAGUGUAUGGUGGUGGUGAUGGUGAUAUUAGUGUAUGGUGGUGGUGAUGGUGAUAUUAGUGUAUGGUGGUGAUGAUGGUGAUAUUAGUGUAUGGUGGUGAUGAUGGUGAUAUUAGUGUAUGGUGGUGAUGAUGGUGAUAUUAGUGUAUGAUGGUGGUGAUGGUGAUAUUAGUGUAUGAUGGUGGUGAUGGUGAUAUUAGUGUAUGGUGGUGAUGGUGAUAUUAGUGUAUGGUGGUGAUGGUGAUAUUAGUGUAUGGUGGUGAUAUUAGUGUAUGGUGGUGAUGAUGGUGAUAUUAGUGUAUGGUGGUGGUGAUGGUGAUAUUAGUGUAUGGUGGUGGUGAUGGUGAUAUUAGUGUAUGGUGGUGGUGAUGGUGAUAUUAGUGUAUGGUGGUGGUGAUGGUGAUAUUAGUGUAUGGUGGUGAUGAUGGUGAUAUUAGUGUAUGGUGGUGAUGAUGGUGAUAUUAGUGUAUGGUGGUGGUGAUGGUGAUAGUGUAUGGUGGUGAUGAUGGUGAUAUUAGUGUGUGAUGGUGAUGAUGAUACAGUCACACACACACACAGCUGCUGCAUUCAGGGAUGGAGCAAUAGACCGGGUGGGUGCAGUUCCUGGUCCGGCCGCCAGAGGGAGCCUGGGAACAGUCGCUGUUCAGUGUGCUCUCCCCCUCCUCCCUCCUCCCUCCCCCCUCCCUCCUGCUCAGUAGAUCCGAGUCUCCUCCUCCCCCACCCUCGCAGUCUUCCUCUCCGUCCGUCUCUGUGACGGCGCCAUUUUACCCCUCACCUCCCCGGGAGCUUGUGCUGGAUCCGAGGGGGUCCCCGCCGCCGCCGUGCUACCUGCCCCGCUAUCUGCCCUGCUACCUGCCCCUGGUCACGUGGUGGGGGGGUCACCCUGCCUGAGAGGGAUAUUUCCUGCCCCCCCCUCCUCCUCCCUAUUUAACCCUUUCCACCCCCCUCACUCCCCCCUCCCUGGAGGGAGGGGGAAGGGCUGUUUCUGUGGAUUAUUACCCCUCCAUGGGGCAGGAAGGGCCCUGAAGACUAGCCCCCCCUCCUCUACCCUGGAUAUUUACCCUCCCCACUGGGGGGGUGGGGCAACAGAGGCAGCUGCACCCUGUGUAAGUCUUGGCUUUUCCCACUUCUAUCCUGCACCAUUUUCUCUCCAACACCAGAUGUGCUAAAACUACAACUCCCAUCAUGCUGUGCAAGCCACAAGGCAGGCCAAGCACCAUGGGAGUUGUAGUCCUCUCACAGCUGGAGGCAAGUCCUACCAUCCCUUUUUAAUGCAGACCCUUUGGCUCUUUAACCCUUUCCUUACCUGCAGUGCUAACCUCCCCCCUGUGAGUGGGAGGGGGGUGUUGUUGCCCCCUCUCCUGGCACUUCACUGGUUAAAUGGCAGCUCAGUAUAUAACUCAGUAUAACCCUCACCCUACUGGUAUUGCAACAGAGUCACAAGAUGUGUUGUGUACAGGCUGUAUCAGUGGCUGUGAGCUGCCUGCCCAUGCUGUACACCCAUGAAUGUGCUCUUUAUUCUGCUAUAUUCUAUUUAUUAAUGCUGGGAUUCUGUGUACAGUGUGUGUGUGGAUAAACAUUUCGAUUUGUGCUGUUUAUUAUAUGUGGGUUCUUAGAAUGUGUGUGUCAUGUGACUGUGGCAAUACAGGGUGUCAUAAUGGCACACAUAGACUGCAUGUCUGUUUAAACCAUCCCCCUUUAAAUUUAUUUAUUUCCUUCUUCUAUGUGACCGUGGUUAAAUGGUUUUUUAAAAAAAUAAUAAUUAUUUAUUGGUUUUGGCUUUACUUAUUUCAGGAUCUUAUUACGCUGCCUGCUUUUGUGUUCUGUGACAGUUCUUUUCCUGUAGCUAGUUUCUAAAUACCCUCUGGCAUUCUCCUAUUUACUGUCCCUUUUUUUUUUCAUCCUCUGUUUACAUUUACGGUGUCGUUUUUCUUCCCCUGUUGUUCCCACUUCCCUUUGCCUUAUAGAUCCUCGCCCACCUUGUCCUUUUUAUUCUUUGUAAUUUUUACCACCACCUUGCCUAGAUCUAAUGAUUCUAUGUUGUGAAACCAAUGCUUGUGUGUGCCCCUUCCUCACUCCUCUCAGGUUAUCUUUGCACAUUCCUUUCUUUCUGGCCCUCUUCACUUUGAAUUUACAACUCCCCUUUCUUAGCACUGCGAUUCCUUCCAUACUCCAUAUACACACCUUGCCCCAUUUUCCAUCCCACUGUGCUUUUGGAUCAUACAUACUUCUGUUUGGAACCCUCCACCAUGCUAGUUUAUUUUGUACCCCUAUCUUUGUGUUCUCCUUUGUUACUCUGCAAACCUGUGCCCUUUUGUAUGUACCCGUUGACCUGCAUCUUAUUUUUGUAUGAUCUAUCUCCACUUUCCUCCCCUAUUUGUGUUAUCGUGUUUUCACCUGUUUGUUUGCCUUUCAUGAUACUUUUCUUUUCCCUCUUUUAUUAUUUCUCUUGCUAUGUUCCUGUUUACCUUGCAUUUAUUUGGGCCUCUACACUUCAUUCUGUCACCCCACUUUCCAUUCUUUGUAGUGUUGGGAGCAUUCUGUCCUUCCCUUAUUCCAUAUUGUGUUGCAAGCAUUCUAGCUUUUUGGGAGCAGUUUACUCUCCCUUUUCCAUUCCUUGUAGCGUUGGGAGUAUCCCAUCCCCAUUGCUUGUAGAGUUGGGUUCAUUCCACCCUCAUCCAUCCACAUUCCUUGCAGUGUUGGGAGCAUUCCACUCCCCAUUCCUUGUAUUGGGAGCAUUCCGCCCCCCAUUCCUUUUAGUAGUUUGGGGGCAUUCCACACCCCAUCGCCAUUCCUUGUAGUGGUUGGGGGCAUUCCACACCCCAUCGCCAUUCCUUGUAGUGGUUGGGGGCAUUCCACACCCCAUCGCCAUUCCUUGUAGUGGUUGGGGGCAUUCCACACCCCAUCGCCAUUCCUUGUAGUGGUUGGGGGCAUUCCACACCCCAUCGCCAUUCCUUGUAGUGGUUGGGGGCAUUCCACAUCCCAUCCCUAUUCCUUGUAGUGGUUGGGGGCAUUCCACACCCCAUUCCUUGUAGUGGUUGGGGGCUUUCCACACCCCAUUCCUUGUAGUGGUUGGCCAUUCCUUGUAGUGGUUGGGGGCUUUCCACACCCCAUUCCUUGUAGUGGUUGGGGGCUUUCCACACCCCAUUCCUUGUAGUGGUUGGGGGCUUUCCACACCCCAUUCCUUGUAGUGGUUGGGGGCUUUCCACACCCCAUUCCUUGUAGUGGGUUGGGGGCUUUCCACACCCCAUUCCUUGUAGGGGUUGGGGGCUUUCCACACCCCAUUCCUUGUAGGGGUUGGGGGCUUUCCACACCCCAUUCCUUGUAGGGGUUGGGGGCUUUCCACACCCCAUUCCUUGUAGGGGUUGGGGGCUUUCCACACCCCAUUCCUUGUAGGGGUUGGGGGCUUUCCACACCCCAUUCCUUGUAGGGGUUGGGGGCUUCUCUGCACCCCAUUCCUGUAGUGGGUUGGGGGCUUUCCACACCCCAUUCCUUGUAGUGGGUUGGGGGCUUUCCACACCCCAUUCCUUGUAGUGGGUUGGGGGCUUUCCACACCCCAUUCCUUGUAGUGGGUUGGGGGCUUUCCACACCCCAUUCCUUGUAGUGGGUUGGGGGCUUUCCACACCCCAUUCCUUGUAGUGGGUUGGGGGCUUUCCACACCCCAUUCCAUGUAGUGGGUUGGGGGCUUUCCACACCCCAUUCCAUGUAGUGGGUUGGGGGCUUUCCACACCCACCUCUGUAGGUGGCUGGGGCUCUUCCUGGCCACCCCAUUCCUUGUAGUGCAUUGGGGGGCUUUCCACACCCCAUCUCUCAGUGGGUUGGGGGCUUUCCACACCCCAUUCCUUGUAGUGGGUUGGGGGCUUUCCACACCCCAUUCCUUGUAGUGGGUUGGGGGCUUUCCACACCCCAUUCCUUGUAGUGGGUUGGGGGCUUUCCACACCCCAUUCCUUGUAGUGGGUUGGGGGCUUUCCACACCCCAUUCCUUGUAGUGGGUUGGGGGCGUUCCACACCCCAUUCCUUGUAGUGGGUUGGGGGCUUCUCACACCUAUUCCUUGUAGUGUGGGCUGUGCCUACACCCCUACUCCCUUUUGUAGUGGGUUGCCUACACCCCAUUCCUCUCGUAGUGGGUUGGCUGGGGCUUUCCACACCCAUUCCCUUGUGUAGUGGGUUGUGCUUCUGGCCACCCCAUUCCUUGUAGUGGUUGGGGCUUUCCACACCCCAUUCCUUGUAGUGGCUAGCUUCACACACCCCAUUCCCUUUGUAGUGCUGUGGGGGCUUUCCAAUCUCAUUCUUUGUAGUGGCUGGGGGUCACACCCCAUCUCUUGUAGUGUUGUGCCUUCCACACCCCAUCCCCAUUCCUGUAGUGGUUGGGGUGGGCUCACAUCCUGCAUCCCCAUUCCUUGUAGUGGCUGGGGCUUUCCAAGGCUAAUCCCAUCCUCAUUCCUUGUGUGUGUGGCUGGGGGGGCUUCUCUCUCUCACACCCCAUUGUUUGUAGUGGUUGGGGGCUUCACACCCCAUUGCUUGUAGUGGUUGGUGGCUUUCCACACCCCAUUGCUUGUAGUGGUUGGUGGCUUUCCACACCCCAUUGCUUGUAGUGGUUGGUGGCUUUCCACACCCCAUUGCUUGUAGUGGUUGGUGGCUUUCCACACCCCAUUGCUUGUAGUGGUUGGUGGCUUUCCACACCCCAUUGCUUGUAGUGGUUGGUGGCUUUCCACACCCCAUUGCUUGUAGUGGUUGGGGGCUUUCCACACCCCAUUGCUUGUAGUGGUUGGGGGCUUUCCACACCCCAUUGCUUGUAGUGGUUGGGGGCUUUCUACACCCCAUUGCUUGUAGUGGUUGGGAAGCUUCACAUCCCAUCCCCAUUCCUUGUAGUGGUUGGGGCUUUCUCCACACCCUAUUGCUUGUAGUGUGGUUGGGGGCUUUCCACACCCCAUUCCUUGUAGUGGUUGGGGGCUUUCCACACCCCAUCCCCAUUCCUUGUAGUGGUUGGGGGCUUUCCACAUCCCAUCCCCAUUCCUUGUAGUGGUUGGGGGCUUUCCACAUCCCAUCCCCAUUCCUUGUAGUGGUUGGGGGCUUUCCACACCCCAUUGCUUGUAGUGGUUGGGGGCUUUCCACACCCCAUUGCUUGUAGUGGUUGGGGGCUUUCCACACCCCAUUGCUUGUAGGGGUUGGGGGCUUUCCACACCCCAUUGCUUGUAGGGGUUGGGGGCUUUCCACACCCCAUUGCUUGUAGGGGUUGGGGGCUUUCCACACCCCAUUCCUUGUAGUGGUUGGGGGCUUUCCACACCCCAUUCCUUGUAGUGGUUGGGGGCUUUCCACACCCCAUUGCUUGUGGUUCUAUGGGCUUUCCACACCCCACAUUGCUUGUGCAGGUUGGGGGCUUCACACCCCAUUGCUUGUGGUUGGUGGCUUCUCCACACCCCAUUGCUUGUAGUGUGUGGUUGGUGGCUUCUCUCCACACCCCAUUGCUGUGUGGUUGGGGGGCUUCUGCCAAUCUCCUCAUUGCUUGUAGUGGUUGGGGGCUUUCCACACCCCAUUGCUUGUAGUGGUUGGGGGCUUUCCACACCCCAUUGCUUGUAGUGGUUGGGGGCUUUCCACACCCCAUUGCUUGUAGGGGUUGGGGGCUUUCCACACCCCAUUGCUUGUAGGGGUUGGGGGCUUUCCACACCCCAUUGCUUGUAGGGUUGUGGCUUCACACCCCAUUGCCAGGGCUGGGGGCUUUCCACACCCCAUUCCUUGUAGGGGUUGGGGGCUUUCCACACCCCAUUCCUUGUAGGGGUUGGGGGCUUUCCACACCCCAUCCCUAUUCCUUGUAGGGGUUGGGGGCUUUCCACACCCCAUUGCUUGUAGGGGUUGGGGGCUUUCCACACCCCAUUGCUUGUAGGGGUUGGGGGCUUUCCACACCCCAUCCCUAUUGCUUGUAGGGGUUGGGGGCUUUCCACACCCCAUCCCUAUUGCUUGUAGGGGUUGGGGGCUUUCCCUUGUAGGGGUUGGGGGGGCAUUCCACACCCCAUCCCUUGUAGUGGUUUGGGGGGCAUUCCAUCUCCCCUCCCCAUUCCUCUCCUCACCUCUCAAAUGGUGCUAGGAGAAUUUUCUAAAAUUCUUUACCACUCCAUUUUCUUUGUAAAUUAUUGCCUAUUUCUAUUCUCUGUUUGUUUCCAUUGCAAUUUGUAAAGACACAGGUUGAUGCUACAAUGUUUAAAGGGAAACUGAAUUGGUUAUCGUUGUCCAGAGUCCCCUGGCAGUGUUAAACCAUUUUGAACUGUUUAUCACUAAACAAGGGUCCUUGGCCACCCACAGCCUGGCCUUCCGUGCAGGUAUGGUUAAGGCUGAAAUUACACAAAACCUUCUUGCCGUACCAAUUCAUACCAGAAAUGGGCACUGUGAUAGGCUGAAAGGUCAGUUGACUCUCUUUGUCAAACAUAGCUGCCCGUUGCUGCUAAGGCUAAUGCUUGCUCUUCAGCAGCACAGAGGGGGACCCUCGUUUAGCAUUGCAAGAACAGUUUGGGCACCAUAACAAUAUCAUCAAAAGAAGUUAUGAUGCGAGGAGGUACCCGGUGCAUGCUCACAUUAAGGGUUUAAACUGUUCUCAAACAAUUUAACCCCAAAGUUUGUUUUCCAGUGCCGAAUCUCCUUUAAUCUCUGUCCUGUUUUCUUAAAAUCUGGAAACUGGAAGGCUCUUGCAGAGUCGGGCAGCUCAAAGCUGGCUUGAAAAGGUUAUGUUUCUUUUCAAGCAAGUUUAAUUAAUGGGGAUUCACUGAUUGGCUGAAAGUGUCAGAUGACUGCUCUCAGCCAGUCAGCGGUGACGCUGCCAGAUUCUACAUUAGCUUUCUGGUUACUGAGAGCCAUAAGUUGUUAUGGUGCCUGGAGUUUUGCUUUUAAAAAUAGCUUAAUGCUGACCAGCAGGACGUCACAUGGGGAUUCCAGACGCUAUAACCACUUAAUUGAGAUGAAGUGGUUACAGUGCCUACAGUGUCUCUUUAACCAGUAGUUCUGACCAUGAUUGUGUAGACACAAUAUAUGCAUAGUCUGCCUUUGCCUCUCUUUGAACCACUCCCUUUAUACCCUUAUUCUGCUGUUAGUGCUUCCGUCCCAUGUGCUAUCAUAAUCUGUUAGCAUUUUUAUUUAUUUUUCUGUUUAAAAAAAUAAAAAUUUCAAUUUUUGCAUGACAGUCCAUUCCUUUUUUUUCUUUUUGCCUUGGUUGGUCUCUAUCGUUUCGUCACUUGGUUAGCAGUCGUUUUUCUGUCCCCUCCCCAUUUUCGUCUUGUUUCGCUGUUAUGUGCCCUUUUCUUAACAGUUUUUCGCUUUGGUUAAAUGUAAUUUGCUUAUCCAUUCCCAGUUUUUGCUUUAUUUAGCUACCGUUGGCCUGUCCCCUCUCCAUUUUCAAUAACUGGAAAAAAAGGGGGGGGGGGGAAUAGAAGUAAAUAAAAUAUAAUCAUAACAUUUCGGUAUUAUUUCUAGUAGUAAAAAAACAAAACAAAAAAGUAACAUCUAUUUGAUAUAAAAAUGAAAAAGUAAACUAUUGAGCAAAUCAAAUAUUUAUGCUAUGAUCCUUAAAAAAAUAACAGAAAUAUGGUAGUAAUUGAAUUAAAAUACAGUUCUUUACGCUUAUGUCUUCUAUACAUUUUUUUCUUUUUUUCUGAAUCAACUUUCUCCAAAAUUCUCUUCGGUAAAGGCGCGAAACGCAUCAGCAUUUCUCAUGCUCCAUCCUUGCAUGUACUAGUUAUGACGUGAAAUUUAAAUAAAGGCCAUUUUUCCUUUUUAUCCAUGACGAUUGAGGCCUUUUUGUCUCUCUAUAUUCAGCUUGGUUAGAUGUCGUUCGUACGUCUCCUACCAGAUUUUUUCAUCUUGGUUGGCCUACAUUCACACACCUCUCCCGUUUUUUGCCUUGGAUAGCCUAAUGUUCACCCACUCCCCUCCCCAUAUUUUUCUUGGCUAGCCGUCGUUUAACCACCCCCUUCCCGUUUUCCCCUUUGGCUUGUCACCCCCUUCCCGGUUUCCCUCUUUGUCACCCCCUUCCCGGUUUCCCCCUUUGUCACCCCCUUCCCGCUUUUGGCUAGUCACCCCCACCCUGUUUUUUUUUUUUGUUGUUUUUUUUUGCCUUGGCUAGCAGUCAUGCACUCAUGCCCUACCCAUUCUCGUGAUUUAUCCCCAUGAAUUUCUGUGCAUUUCCUGCUCCGUGUUUUUUGUGUGUAUCCAGUUGGCUUGUUUUGCUUUCUCUACCCAUUCUAAUAGAAUACACAGGUGUCUACCUUUCGGAACCGUACAUUCUGCCGAUGUUUGUGUACAAAACAGAAGUAUACUCUGACCUUUUCUCAUUCUCAACCCAUACCCUUUUUACUCCUAUGUAACUUGAGAAAUUCCUUCUCCUACCCACACUGAUCUAUUUUUUUUUUUCCAUUAAUUUUUGUUAACAUUUUUAAAUUUAUUUAAUGAUUUUAUUUUUAGAUGUAGAGGCUGCUCCUCUGUGGUUCCAUAAUUUUUCUGCCUAAAUCUUCUGGAGUUCCUGCUCUUCUCCCCACAUUUACUGAUUUAUUUUAUUCUCUCCCUCCCUCGUUUACACAUUCUUUACAGCUCCCGGUCUCCUUACACUUUCCCUAUACUGGGAAUAUUUCAUGGUGUAAUGGGGUGUGAAAGGGAGAGGGGGUGUGGUGUUCAUUCUUACAGUGGCACUGUGAUUUUUAUUUUAGCAGCACAGAAAGGGGAGGGGGGUCCAGUGUCUGUCUUUGCGCAAAUUAUUGGCAAGAAUAGUGCUGUCUGUUUAAUAUGUCGUGCUUGUAUCACCAUUAGGAUACACUUUUUUUUUUUUCUUUUGAUUAGAAGUUAAACCACAGUCUACGCAAAACAAAACUUAAACCUUCUCUAAAAUUGUCUCUAUUCUGCAAUGGGUCUUUUCACUUUCUUGUCUUUUUUUUUAAUUUAAUUUUAUUUAUUUUUUUAAGUUCUUCUAAUAUUUUAGACGCAAAUGGCAAUUUGGUUAAAAUAAAAAAUUGUGACCUACCCUUGCUUUUUAGAUUCUUUGGCUGAUGGUUGCACAGAUUAUCCAAAGGAAAUUGCGCCCUAAAAUAACUUAAUUUCCUUAUUUUCAAUAUUUUUAUCCCCCCUAUAUCAUAAUUCUGUGAAAUUCUGGUACUUGCAAGUAAACUUUGUGUUUUAUAGCACACAUAGAAACAGAUUUGAGAUUUCAUUCUCCUGUUGUCUUCUGACCCCUAUGACCAAAAAUGUAAUUAGAGAAACAGCCAUCUUGUUUUCAGACAGAAUUUAUAGUGGCAGCUUGUUGUUUGUUUCUUCAAAUUUAAUGUGUGAAAUGCAACAUUUUUGAUUAUUCAUGUUCGUGUUUUUGUUUUUUCUUGUCGGUACACACGGCAAAACAGGAUAUAUGUAUGUGCACUCGUAUUUCAUAGAAAUGGGUUCAGCCCUCUGCCUAGAGGAGUGUUUUCUUUCUGUGCAAUAAUUUUGUAACCAUCAUUCAAAACUGUGCUCCACUAGUCCCAAUUAUUAUUACAUGUUAACUAUCCAUUUGCACACUUGUGUUUGUGUGUAUUAAAUAUUUGGUGUUUUGUACCUGGGGAAGCAAUCAAAAUAUUUCAAAAUUGCAUUCACGAUAAUGUUUCUCAACAAAUGUUGCCUCUUACUUGCUAUUACGACCUAUUUUAUUAUUUUUUUUUUUUUUCUACAGGUGACCCUCCUUGGAACUGCCAGAGGACAGCGUGGCCUACCUCGGCUUCCCCCUUUGGGGAAGAAGCCCCUUCCCCUCUCCCACCCUCUUUCCUGUGCUGAAUGGCUGCGAUGGCUCCUGCUCUCACUGACCCUGCUCCUGACGCUCACAACUUGCACUUCAAGCUGGCGCCCCCAUCAUCUUCCCUUCCCCUUGGUGAGACCAACGGUGGCUCCCUGCCUACACCUUCCUCCCCGAGCUUGGUUGCAAGCUACGGUGGAACCUCCAGGAAGGAGCCCCUCAAACUGGCUGGAGUAUUCAACCAGUGCUCCAUCUUGUCUCAGUCACUUUGCCGGGGGCGGCCUUCCAUCUUGGAGUUCAACCUGGAAGAUUUGAGAGGCAUUACAAGCUCUGGGAGAGGGGGCCAGGGAGGACCAUUGAAUGGAUUAGCAAAAAAAGCUAUGAAGCCUGCAGUGGAGAAGCCCCCUAACCUUACCAUCCCAACUUUGGAACCUAUGGUCAAGGACCCAACUGUUCCUUCAAGCCCACCUGCCUCUGUGCAUGAGAAGGGCUCUCAAAGGGAUCUGUGCUCAGAGACACGUCUGCAGAACCUUCUGCGGCGUCAUGGAGAGAUGGAAGAGCGGGCUAGUUGGCUUCAGAAACGACUACGAUUGGUUCAGGCAAAGCAAGUGGAACGGCACCUGCACCAACAGCUUGGGGGCUUGGUUGGGGCUGCGCUUGGCCAAAGCCCUGAAACUUCACGUUCUCGAUUGACUGUAAUAACCCGAAAAGCAGAGGCUCAACGCAGAGGAGAUACUGGAAGCGGCAAUGCAAAUGCAUUCCUGAAAGGCUCAGCUCGGGAACUAGAGCGAUUAAGCCAUUCGGGCACUGCUGCACUGCGGUCGUGUGAGGCUGGCUUCGAUUCUGAUGCUACAGAGAGCAGCUCUGGUGGAGACUCUGACGUGGAGGAAGAAGAGCUGACUCAGGCAGACACUCAGCAAAGCCAUGUGCCACUGUAAGUGUUUACUUUUCACUUUCUUAUCCUCUACUUUCUCUGUAAUGUUGUAUAGUAGGCGAGGGUGGUCCUGUUCAAGACCUGUUUGGACUUUGUUGUGCAGGUGUGUAACCUGUGGGGAAGUGUUGACCUUCUCUUGUUUCUUUGUGUUCCAUCUAGCCUUGGGCGUGUGUAGCACUGUUUUUUUUUGGUAUCUGACAUUUAAAUAGCAGCCAGUUGGGUGGAACAAAAUCAAGUUUUAUUCUAAAGUUAUUUGUGCACUUAGUGCUUGCAGGUUGGAAUUCAUUGGGGCCAAUUGUGCAAGUGUUUGCUGGUGGAAUGAUCUGAAGAGUGCACAGUGGCAGAACCGUGUGCUAUAUGAGGGCACAUUGCAAGGCUGCAUUCUCCCCCUGGCCUGUCUUAUGGCUGCAGAUUAUGUAACUUUAAAAUGUAAAAAGUAUUCUAAAUAACUUGCUAACAUAUUCUUAUGAAGUGCAUACGGUCAAUUUUUGUAGCCCAAUGGUGACUAAGCUUUGGCACUCCAGCUGUUUGCUUGCUCUAUCAAGUUCAGUUUGCCACCAGAUAACUGCUGUAAGUAAAUCCCAUUUGGUUGAGCCAAAUAAAAAAUGUUUUAAAAAAUCACAGAAUUCUUCACAUUCCUCUUUUAUUAGAACUCCAGUCACACAACAGAAUACACCACUUGCAUUUGCAGAAUUGGGACUGGAUGGCUGAACACAUUUCACGCACCAAGCACUCUUAUCAGCUAGCUCUUAUGCCUUACAAGUUUGGGGUUGUAUUUCUGGUUAACAUGGCCUUCCGAUCUUAAAUUGGGUUUAAGAGUUUCCAUUUUGAUGAUAAACUGUUCAGAUGAUGACUGUCUUGAACACCCGGGCCCUGAUUGGAGUGGUCAAAAGGUAGAUUGGCCAACAGUUUUAUUACAGCUUCCAAGAUGCAGGCUGCUUUGCUUUUUGGUCUCUUGUAAAUCUCUGAAGGUUCAUUUGUACUGUUGUAUGCAUUUCUAUGAUAUGAUGUGGGGAAGAGGGUACCUGCAGCUGAAAGUUGUGAUACUUUAUCUCUCUUCUCAUACAUAUUGAGUCUACCAGAAAGAAUUACUAUGAUAAAACUGUUUCCUUUUCAGAGUUGUUCUAGGCCAGGCCUGUCCAACCUGCGACCCUCCAAAUGCUGCUGAACUACAACUCCCAUGAUUCUUUCAAUGAAACAGCCAGGGAAUCAUGGGAGUUGUAGUUCAGCAACAUCUGGGGGGCGGCAGGUUGGAUUGCCCUGUUCUAGGCCCUCCUCAAUAAUCUUUCAAAUUUAAAGUGACUAUUCAUUCUGAAGUUAACCACCCAUCACUCAAUGCGUUAAAGUACUCGUUAUACAAAAUAAGAAAACUUCCUGCUGUUGGGUUAGUUUGUACCUGUGCUAAUCUCCACUCAUCCGUCUGACUUCAUCCCUUUCCACGGGAGGUCCAAUCAAAAAUGCUUCUCUUAGAAGCGUCCAGGCACGCUGUCUGCAAGGGAGAAGCUCAUUACCUCUGUCAGAGCACAAUGCAAUGGGCGACAGAUGUAAGUUUUGCACAGAAUUCACAUUAGACUGUCAGCAACAGAGUUCUGGAUUGUCUUAGUCACGUUGGCAACUUGCACCUAGAGUGCUUCAAGCAAAACAACACUACAUAUACAGACUCCCUACCACCAUGACCACUUCAAAUCCCUAAACUGAUGAUGGUGGUUAGAGUAACCCUUUGACAUAGUCUAUAAACAUCUGCUUAGCAAAGAUUUGUGGUCUACUUAGUUUUUCUCUAUAGAAGGAGGUUAUCCAGAGCAGGGCUUUGCAAAUUUGUUUGGAAUCUAGGAGCUAGCUAAAAAAGUUAGAAGACAGUCAUUUUCAACGAGAAAAAAGCAAUUCUUAAAGGAACACUAUAGUCCCCAGAACCACAGCAGCUUGAUGUAGUUGUUCUGGUGACUAUAUACCAUGCAGGCUUCUCAGUGUAAACACCGCCUUUUCAGCAAAAAGUCAGUGUUUAUAUUUCUGCUUAGUAACACCUCUAGUGACAGUCACUCAGGUGGCCACUAGAGUCCUGGGUCACUGCUGCACCGACGUUCAGGGUCUCCAGGCUCUGCAUGAAGGCGCUGAAUGUCCCUCAUAGAGAUUCAUUAAUUCAAUGCAUCUCUCUAUGAGGAGAUGAAGUUUGGCACAUUUGCUGCACAUGUACAAAAUCCUCCCAAUGCUUUCCAUUGGCUAAGCUGAGAUCAUAAAGAUGGAUAAUCUCAGCCAUUGAGGUGGUAUCAGCCGUGGCGAAAGUAGCACGGCGUAGGGGGAAAAACCACCUUCCUCAUGCGAUCGGAGGGGGCAGGUACCUAAAUGUGCAUGUAAACACGCUCACUCUGUGACAGGCUCACAUUCACAUUUUUGUAUUAAUUGAAACCCACUCAGCCUCCCUACCUUUAGGAGAGCUGAGUGGGUCUUUCCCUGGGGUCCAGCUCUUCUCACUGCUCGGUUUCUAUAAUGAUGCCGGACCUGGACCCGGAGUGACGGCAUCAUUAAACAGCACGAGGGAGCAGAGCAUAUCUGUAGAAAGAGUACUGCUCCCAUGCGCACGGCCGCCUCCAAAUCUCCUUCGGCGACCACAUUAAAGAGCUAAGAAUAUGAGAUCACUCCAGACCUGGCAUUACUAAGCGGCAUGCUAGGGAGCAGAGCUGUUUGUCUGUGUCUCGGUGCAGAGUAUGGAGAUGCUGAAUGUAGGUGGUGUUGCACACUGUGCAGCACUGAUAUAGGAAGUAACUUAGUGACUGCCGCUAAAUGCACUAGGUGCACUAGGCAGCACCAUAAACACUGACCUUUCUCUGAAAAUGCAGUAUUUUUACAUUAACAAGCCUGCAGUGACAUGCUAUAGACACCAGAACCACAACAUUGAUCUGUAAUGGUCCUGUUGACUAGAGUGUCCUUUUUAAGAAUUGAAUUUUUGUCGUUAAAAAUAAAACUUUGUAAGAUUACAAAAAUCCUGGCUCCUUGAUUCAAAGCAAAUUUGUCAAGCCCUGGUUUAAUAAUGGUUUGGCAACUUACCUCGGUCCCAACACCAGAACCUCUUUUGACAGAGCUAUCGAGGAACAUAGCUUUAAUAUUUUAAAGGACCACUAUAGUGUCCGGAAAACAAAAUAGUUUCCCUGACACUAUAUGAUCCUUAGGUCCCCCCUCCUGCUGGGCUGAAGGGGUUAAAACCCCUUCAGCCACUUACCUUGAUCCAGUGCCGUGCUCCCUCUGUGCUGGGGAACUCUCCUCCCUCUGCCGACGUUUGCUCCCGAGUGGAGUCAGAUACGCAUGCGCGGCCAGAGCCGCGCGCAUUAAAAAUGCCCAUAGGAAAGCAUUUCUCAAUGCUUUCCUAUGGAAGUUCUGCGUGUUUAAUGCGCUUUUCACAUUGAGUGUCGGGGAAGCACCUCUAGCGGUUGUCAGGAAGACAGCCACUAGAAGUUGUAUUAACCCUGCAAUGUAAACAUAUCAGUUUCUAUGAAACCGCUAUGUUUACAGCUGCAGGGUUAAAACCUGAGGGACGUGGCACCCAGACCACUUCAUUGAGCUGAAGUAGUCUGGGUGACUAUAGUGGUCCUUUAAUGCAAACGCUCAUUGUUCCCUUCAAUGGUAACCUUUAAAUGGAGCUGUGGAGGCAAAACAGGGAUUUGUAAGGUAUGUGUCCGUCCCGCAAAAACUGAGACUGCUCCCACCUCAGCUGCGUUAAGGUUUAAUUUUCACUCUCGUUAUUGGGGGUCCGUUUUCUCAAUCUUGGAUGGCAAUAUCUGACUGAGCACACAAGACAAGUUAGUCUAGCUCUCACUACCAUCUAAUCAAAUAAAAUUGACCCUGAUAAUACAGGAGUGGGCAAUUCAGUAUCCGUAUUGCUGACGAAGUGAGGAGUCUCUUGGUUAGCAUUACAAUUUGUCAUACUGUUCCCAAAUGGUUUGACCAAAUGACACUGAAGAGUUAUUGUGGUUCAAAUAAUGCCUGUUUGAUGUACUAAUUGUGUCUCCUAAAAUCUUUGUAUUGAAAGUGAUUAAUUAAAACUUUAAUUACAUAUUGUCCUUUUUUUUUCUUUUUUUUUUUUUGUAUUCUAAUAGUCUAUGCAACGCUCAGAGAGAAGGUUUGAAUCCUUAUAUUUGAAGUGGAACUUUAUCUUUUGGUUUUUUUGUUUGUGCUAAUAACUAUUUUGUAAUUAUCCCAGCAAUUGAAUAAUUUUAAGGGACUACAGUAUAAGACAAAUUUAUUAUCCAGAAAUUAACACAGUCUUGUGGGUUGUUUCUUUUGUAUUUGUGGCCUUUAACAUUUAAAUUGGCAAUAUCUUUUUUUCUUUGCUGGGAUUCUGUUUGGGUUCCAAAAGUGGAGCAUUCUGCAAGAACAUUCUAUUGGUUUCCAUGGAGACUGCUCUGCUUUUGGAACUUUGACCUUGAAUUGCUCUUCCUACACAGCCCAUGUAUCCUCCUUCAAUCCCAGUGUUCUAAUUUACGAUGAUCAUCACCUGGUACAAAUCUGGUGGAUUUAUUUAUUUUAAAAUUUUUAGUAACUAUUAUUUUGCCCUUAUUUACUCCAUGUACAUUUAUGGGUGUGUGUGUGAUUUAUUAAUUUAUUCCCUGCUCGUUUGGUUAGAUCAUGUAUACAUUUUCCAUUGUGGCAUAUGUGGUGUACAGAGAGUCUCCCUAUGCAUUGUGGGAAUUAGCAGUGCAGUGCUCUAGCCCCUUACAAUAGCUCCACACACGUUUCCAGAAUCCUUAGGAGGCGGGUGUAGCAACCAUGGUAAUCGCUGGCCUCUGUGGACCAAUGGGAGUCUAGGAACUCCUGACAUUCCAAGAAUUCCUGUGUAUGGGCUGUGUUAACUCCUUCACUGCUGCAGUGGGAGACCUUGACCCAGACUCAUUCACCUGGGGUAGUUUAAGGAUAGACUUGAGCAGACGUCUGCAGAUUUUAACCCUUUGUUAAGUUAAGUGAGCCGUUGCUAGAGAGUUGUUAGUAGGACAAAGCAAAACUCCAGGAGGCGGCUUAUUUUGGAUUUUAAUGCAGAUCUUGUCGGUAAUGAGAAGGGUUUAUAGAGGUUUCUCGGAAGGCGACUGAAACCGCGGAUUUGGCUGUUUUUGUAUGUGUAGGUUGUAAGCACUUGAGCUUGUGAAAAAGAAGAAUAGACAGCGGCGACGGUUUCACUGCUCUGGGAAGGCUUGAUAGAGGAAAUCUGCCUUUUAUUUAUUCUGUACACAGUCAUGAUCAGUGAUCGCAGUGUAGCGUUCAUAAUAUUGACGUGCAUGAUGCUUGUUUGAUGGUGCAGAACCACUGAAUGCAUGUUGGAUAUAUGGUUGAUUCCAUAAUGUGUUUGCUUUAUUUAAAAAUUUUUUUUUUUUUUUUAACGCAAGUCUCCAUCUGUUUCCCAUCCAGUUCAUGGCUCCCAGCGACCUACUUAUUUCCCUCUCCCCCCUCCACCCCCCAUGCGACAGCGCAUGAGGUUUCUGCAGAUAAGAUCUGCAGCGUUUGUUCAUCCUUGGAGGCUCUUUGAUUGUGUCGACCAUCUAGAAGGGUGCAUGUUACAUGUCCUGUCUGUCACCUUGCUACACUAGGGGGGUGCAAGCUAAAUUCCCGUUCUUUCAUGUUCACCCCUGCUAGGGAAAGGGGUGCAGACUAAAUGUCUUUUCUGCACUAAUGGGGAAGCAAGUGCAAGCUAAUCUAAUUUAUUUUUUUUUUUUUUAUUAUUUUAAAGUCUCCUUGCUGGUGAAGGGGGUACAUGCUAAAUGUCACCGGACUAGUGAAGGAGGCAAAUUAACCGUACUGUUACCAAUCCAUCAGGGGAGAGAAUGCUCUCUAAAUUUCCUUUCUGUUACUGUCCCCCUCGGUCAGGAAACUCUUACGUCCUGUUUCACUCUGCACAGUUGAUUGAAGAUGGCGGUUUCUGAUAGUUGUGUGUCUGGAAGGAAAGCCUUCAGUGAUGUGCAACCCGAUGACACUUGCCUUUGUUCCACCCUUUGGGCGGGACUCUGUCAUGAAUUAAUCCUUUGAUUUGUCCUGCAUACAUUAGCAAUUUUCAUCGGGGACACAUAUAUGCUGAGUUUAUUGUUCAUUUCACAGGUUGACGAGCACAGUCCUAACUUGCGGAUCUUUUGCUUUUUUUUUUUUUUUGCUCUCCAGAAUAAAAAUGCUUCUGGUCGCUCACUCAGGACACUUAAAGGAUAAAGAUUUAUUCUAAAUUGUGAAAUCUUUGUUUAACGGCAGUGUAUAACCACGCUUUCGAAAGUACAGUUAAAGUAAACCAUGGCUUUGCUUAGAUUUAUUGCAACAUUUAUGAGGAACUAAUCCGGAUUCUCUCCGUGUUAGUGACUCUGUGGCUGAACCCUGCAGUCAAAAGAACAGGGUGUGUAAGCGUGAAAAAGAAAAUAUGAUCAUGGAAAACAUACAGCAUGUAUCCAGUGGUACUUUAUACGUGCCAGUGGCUUGGGACUCCAACAUUGUCCCAUUCAAAUGGCUCAUUGCAACAGUAAUCAAGAUCUUAUCUGGUAAUUCAUUUUUUUUUUUCUCUCCCUCUACUUUCUUUUAUAAUUGAACAAAUUUAAUUUAACAAUCAGAGUGGUUGAAUAGAUUCCUUUCAAUUUGGUUAUUACUUGGAAGUGACUCAGCACUAACCGUUUUCUACGUAAUGAAUCUAAAUAAAGAUGCUGGCUUGUAAAGGUCUGUUUUGAGUGUUUGCUUUCAGUAGUUUCAUCUUUACUCCAAAAGUUCCUGAUUUUCCAGAGCAAUUUUUUUUCCCCUUCUAUCUUUUUUCCCCCUCUUUUCCCAGCAUGUAGGCUGUGUUUUUGGAGCCAAUGGCCUAUUUGCUUAUGCAGACUUCUCCCAAAAGUGAAAGUCCUAAGUCUGGUAGUUAUUCUGCAAUAACCCUCGCUCUUUAUAUAGAUACAUUUAUUUCCUGUUUGUCAGCUCACUCACUGCUUGCUGCAUUCUCUUCGCACAUGAAAAGGGCAAGAAAGGCGUUUUUUAACCAUAUGCUUCUUGCCUUUCUAUAGAUAUCAGUUGGCAGUGGACACUGGGACCAAUUUAACAUCUUUAAAAUUAUCCCUGUCCCUUUAAUUUACUUUUCUGGGCAUGAGAUGUACAUGGUUAAAGCCUUUGGACUUACAAGAAAAGGUACCUGCCCAAUAUUUCCAGGCAAUCAGGCUUGCAAGUUUAAUCGUGUAGAUCUGGGGUAAUCAGCAAGUGGAGUAAUCAAUAGGCAGCUUUCCAGCUAAAAUAGAACUACAUGUCCCAUGGUGCUCUGCUCUCAUCCUUAAUGAUAAGGAUGGCCGACCAUCGUAGGAAUUCACAGCUGGAAAGCAAUUUGUUGGUUUUCAGUGGCUUAAAUCACAUUAGCGUGCAGGCUUGUCUAAAAGGUUCCAUUUUAACGGAUUACGGAAGUCACUGAUAGCUCUCCUGCCAUGCAACCCCCAUGACGCUUAGCCAGUCGCAAACACACUCCUUUCUUUUGAGGAUAACUGGAGUAUUUUGCAACUUAAAACUUCAACAAAAUUAAACACCUGUCCUGUUCUUCACUAUUCCUCCUACCAUCCCCCUUCAGUCUAGGUUGACUAGGCUUCAAACUUAAAAAUGUCCUUUUGUCUUCCUUUGAUCUGUCACCCAGUAGAGAAGGGGCAGACUCUGAUCUCCUCACUUCCUGGUUGUGUCAUUGGUUUCUCUGCAGUGGGAAGGCCAGGCUCUGAGCAUUGUCUCUUUCUAGCUAAUUUUUUUUACUCUGCACAGAGCAGGGUUAAAACCUAGUCAUUGUUCUGUCUGAGCUGUGCUUUAAUCCUCAGACAGACUGGGUUGCCCCCACCAGGCAGCACUUGCAGCAUUUGAUCCUGAAUAGCUUGCUCAGAAGACCGUUUUCAGUUGCGAUGCAUGUAAUUUUUUUUUUCUCUCUCUCCAAAAGAAUAGAGGGAUCGUGUUUUGAAAUGUAAGGCGUACCAUUUCCCUUGCUGCUGACAAGCUGCAGUACUGUGUGCAUGUGUAUAUUUAGCUUAGUACAUAGGCUUCGCAGUGUGUGAUGUAUAAACACCUCAUCUAAUAUCUAUGCAGAUUAAGAGCUGCUUGGCUCAGAGUUGGCUCUGCAUUUCAUUGUUGGAUAUACCUGCUCAGCUUGGGUAAUCAUGGUUUAAAACUGAAUUUUCUUAACAGGUUUUGAGAAUUGCAUUUCAUGUUUGACAAGAGUAAUUUUGUUAGGGAAUUAAAAAAAAAAUAAAAUAAAUAAAUUCCCCCUCCUCCUUCUAGCCAAUUCACAAUAAAACAAUUUAUCUAAACCUUUUAUGGGAAGGCUGUAAUUUUGAAUUUAGCCAUCAUAUACUAAUGUUUGCACAGAAAAACCUACAUCUACUAACCUGUAAGGGUUUUUGGGGGGUGGGUAGAAGAGUGGAGUGGCCCUUUAACUUGCGUGUAUUAUUUCGUAUUCCAUAUGACCGAGCACUCACAGUGAGUCCUCAGAGUCCACAAAGGAAUUGUUGCUGGUGAAACCGUGACAACAUGCAGAAAUAGUAAAUCACGGGAAAAGUGAAUGAAUGUGUGCGUUAAUCCAUCGAACGUGUUAUUUUCCCCAACGGUAGCUGUGAUGUCAGUGUGGCUUAUUAAAGGUUAUAAGUCAUUGAAGUCCUCUUGUAUCGCUGUUAUUCAGUCUUUAACCUCGUUUAAUGUUUUACCCCAAAAGUAUUGCCCUCGUUUCAAGUCGAUCAAGGUAUCGCACAUCGUGACUCUCUCUUAGCCUCCUGUCUUGACUUCUCCCAUCUUCUCUUUAUGCCUUUUUGACACACAACUCAAAUAAAAUAAUUUUAUGAAAAAUCAUCACUGCUAGUUUUUGUUUCAUUAUUGCUGCUUCUUCUAUGCAAACCCUUUUAUUUGCGUCCUGUUAAAAAUAGUUAUGCUUUUCUCCCUUCUAAUGCUACAUCAAAUGGACACUAAAGGCACUAUAACCACUUCAUCUCAUUAAAUUGGUUAUAAUGUCUGGAGUCCCCAGUACUGUCCCUCCAUUCAGUGGUAAAACCAUUUUCGAGCUGUUUAAUGCUAAUUAAGCCACCCUGGAGGUAUGUCUGACUUCUUCUAGUCAUACCAGCGGUCCGCUAAAACCACCAGCCAAUCACAGCCGACCAAUUUUGCUCAGGCUAAUAGACCUUUAUUAGCCCAAACAGCACAGGGAGGAUGGGCUGCUGGGGACUCUUGCUUAGAAUUAAAGGACCACUAUAGGCACCCAGACCAUUUCAGCUCAAUGAAGUGGUCUGGGUGCCAGGUCCAUCUAGGAUUAACCCUGCCUGCUGUAAACAUAGCAGUUUCAGAGAAAGUGCUAAUGUUUACAUAUGGGUUAAUCCAGCCAUUAGUGGCUGUCUCAUUGACAGCCGCUAGAGGCGCUUCCGCACUUCUCACUGUGAUUUUCAGUAAGAAGAUGCUGCCGUCCAUAGGAAAGCAUUGAGAAUGCUUUCCUAUGGACUGGCUGAAUGCGCUCGCAGCUCUUACUGCGCAUGCGCAUUCAGUCGGUGACAUCCAAAGGAGGUUGAGAGUCCCCAGCGCCGAGGGAGCCUGGUGCUUGAGAAAGGUAAGUGUUUAACCCCUUCCUCCAACUUCUGCCCGGCGGGAGGGGGGCCAUGAGGGUGGGGGCACCCUCAGGGCACCACAGUGCCAGGAAAAUGAGUUUUUCCUGGCACUGUAGUGGUCCUUUAAAAACUGUUUAACGAUGACUGGAAGGAUGGCGACCGAGUACUCUGGUCACUAUAACCACUUCAGUGAGAUAAAGCAGACAGUGCCUACAGUGUCCUUUUAACCGUGUACUUCCCGCAUGUUCUUCAACGAACGUUUUAUUAAAAUCUACAGUCUAACCAACCUCUCCUGUUCAACUAGUUUAUCAUACUGUGUUAGAUCAUCAACCUGCAAGCAGUCCUUUUAAAUCCUGCUGUUGUUUUUUUGGUUUCUAUUGGUUAAAACAAAUUGUUCUUCUCAUUACGUAAUGCAACUAGUUGGAAAUGUAGAACUUGUUGACCCUAAAUACAUAGAUGAUGUUUACAUUAAUUUUAUCUACUUCGUUUAAAAAUAUUUCUCAAGCUUAAAGUAGCAUUGUCACUUAGCAAAUGUUUCCUUUUUUUUUUUUAAUUUAAUUUAAUUUUUUUCCUUUUCUCCUUCUCAUCUUGGUUUGUGACUUUUUAAAAAGAAAAAUUUGGGCUGUACAUUCUAAAAUAUAUAGGGACUAUAUUCCUUAUAGGGAGCGCCGUUUUAAAUUUUUUUUAAUUUUUUGUUUUUUUUGUUUAAGCAAGUAACAUUUCAAUCCGUAGGCUAAUCAACCCUCACUCCAUCAGUCAAAAACUACUACUGGAAGUCCAAGUGCCGAGGAAAACAAAAUGACGGUGCAUGAUAAAAAAGAUAAUAUUGUGAGAAUAUAAAUCAUUAAGACAUGGGGGGCAUAAGGAAAAGAACUGGAAAAAAAUAAAAUAGCAUGACCUUACAGCUUAAAGAGUUCCUCUCCAUUCAGAAAACCUAACCUGUUGCUCUUGAACGCAAACUGGGUUAUCCACUAAAGUUAGAAUUCAAAUUUUUUAUUUGAGGCCAGAGUAUCCGAACUGAGUGCAUAGUUUGGUUAUAGAAUUUUUCCAGUUUGGAAAAAAAUUACCUAAAAUUUGAAAUAAACUUUGAAUUCUCAGUUUAGUAAAUAACCCUGAUUUUUUUGGUUUUUGUUCCUCAUUCAGGGAGUAAUUCAUACUUUGCUGUAAUGGAGGGCACUUGACUUUCCCCUGUGUAUUAUAAUUGGCCGUGCUGAUGUGUUAUUUUUAAAUGACCUGUCCCAGCUCAGUACAAACAAAUGCUUUUCACUGACAACAAUGUCGGUUGCAAAGCCCUGCAGGGUUAUCUACUAAAGUGAAAAUUCAAUGUGAAUUUUACAUUUUAAGGCCAGAGUAGCCCCACUAGUGAACUGACAGCAUAGCUCUAUUUUUAACCUUAAAUUUGAAAUUCAGUUUUGAAUUCUCACUUGAGAGAAUAACCCUGUCCCAGUUGUAUGUCUCCCUUGCUGGCAGUAUUGGAUGUUGGAAAAACCUUGCAGAAGCCAUUAAUAUAGGCUAUUUGUAUAUGCCAAGUAGCAGAGGAUUGGCAGAUGUUUGUCUUAGAAUAGACUGUCUAGUGUAUUUGGGGAUCCAUUUUGUCUUCUGAUCUUGUGUAAGGGUGUAAAGGGACACUAUAGUCACCAGCACCACUACAGCUUAAUGUUGUGGUUCUCGUGUUAUAGUAACGUCGCUGCAGGCUCAGCAAAGUAAAUUAUGCCUUUUUCAGAGAAAAGGCAGCCUCUGCCUAGUAACACAUUUGGUGGCAGUCAUUUUUUUUUGGCCACUAGAGGCGCUUCCUAUCUGCACAGUGUGCUGAAUGCUCCCCAUAGAGAUCUCCGCAAUGGAUUGGCUUAUAUCAUCAAGAUUGAUGAUCUCAGCCAGGCUGGGCCAGCCGCAACAAUACCAACAUGGAUGUAACAAGAUAUAAGGGGGUCUGGAGACCUAAAUAUUUUUAACAUUCUGUUAGGAACACAGGUUUGUUUUCCUGAAACUAUAGUGUUCUUUUACCACUAUUAAUUCUUAAAUGGAACCUAUAUGCAUCAAAACAACGUUAGCUUCGUUAGUGUAUAGAAUGAUCAUGCCCCUGCUGUCUCCGUGUUCAAUUCUCUGCCAUUUAGGAGCUAAAUCACUUCAGUUUCUGUUUAUGCAGCACUCGCCACACACCCCUGGCUGCAACUCGUACAGACUGCAUGGAAAAAAUGGUUUAAUUUUUUAUCAGAAAUAACUCACUUCAGAAGUUUAUUUGCUGCUCUGUAAAUUGAAUUUGUCACACAUAGGAGGAUCCUGCACCAUCUAGUAGGCUGUUAGCAGAGGAAGAGAUAAUAAAUUCUAAAUCAAACAUAUAUGUGUGUAAUAAAUGAAGUGUAAACAUUAGAUGACUCUACAGGAAGUGUUAAGGAAGGCUGUGGAAGUCACAUGCAGGAAGGUGUGACUAGGUCUGCAUUAACAAAGUGAUUUAACUUCAGGGACGUUGACUAUACACCAAAACGGCUUUAUUAAGCUAACGUUGUAUUUGGGACUAUAGUGUUAAGUUACUAGCCAGGCCUAAAAGUUACUUGCCACUACAAAAAGAAGAGGUCAAAGUAGUACUUCCUACCAUCCUCCCAUACCAUUCUUUACGCACUGCCAGCUUAUUUAUUUUUUGGUCUACUACAACUUAAAGCAGGCACUGUUCUCAGUAUUUUUCCAAUGCCUGACACCUCUUGUUACUAGGUAGAACUACUGCCGUCCAAAAGUGUACAUCCCUCAGCCAUCACAAGUGAUGAUGGCAAGGAAAUGAGCUCUACGUAUGGUGGAUCCUGUGGUCUUGCGGCAUCUUCCAUAGACUUCACUAUUGUACUCACGCGAGAGUACAGCAUGAUGGCGGAUCAGGAAAGGUGAGUUUUGCUUACCUGAACAUGUCCCUUGGCAGCCACUGCCACCUUCAUCAGGAGUAGCUUCAUUUGUUAGGAGCCCACAAUGUGUGUUGUACUCUCGCGCAUGCGAAUCCCGCAAGAUAGUGCAAGUCUCUAGACAAAGACUUUUUUCCUAGAGCUGUCACUUGUGAAGGCUGUGGGAAAUAACAAAACUGCUGUAGCUCCACCUUAUUGUCAAGUGUAGGGAAUAUACGUAAGACACAAUAGUCCCUACUUUGUCUGAUAUCUUAUGACUGGGCUGGAAUUUCAGUGAAACUCCAGCACAGUCGAUGUGAGUGUUUCAUAAAGUGAUGGUGUUUCAGCAGGAAACACAUCAUGUGCCACUGCAACCUGACAUUGCAGCAUACAUAAGCUGUACAUUUCAAUGUUAAUGUUUACCUGCAGCAUUAGCAUUUAUAUAUUUUUAUUUAAAAAAAAAAACUAUUCUUAUUUAAAUACUUGCUUUAUUUAAAUACGAGCUCCUCCAGCAUACACAGAUUUAGUCCAGUCACCGAGGUUCUUUAUACCCUACCUUAAACAGUUUGAGACCCAACGACGUCCUGCAAUGUUUGAUCGGUUCGGGGUUGCGUCCAGCGGUCACAGAGCACUACACAGCUGGUCUUUCUGCUGAGUAGAAGCAUGGCCUGGCGGGUUCUGUGGCCGAUCUCCCGGCCCGAUGCGUGCCUGCUCUAAACACUACGAUGAUGCUGCCCCGUUAUCUACUAAACACAUACACAUGUAUAUACAUAUGCACACAAAACACACAUACAUACAGUCACAGACCUAUAUACGCAAUCACAAAUACACAGUCACAGACCUUUACACGCAAUCACAUACACACACACAAUCACAGACCUGUACACGCAAACACAUACACACAGACACAAUCACAGACCUGUACACGCAAUCACAUACACACGCACAAUCACAGACCUCUACACGCAAUCACAUACACACGCACAUACAGUCAUAGAUCUAUAAAUAUACAAUCACAGACCUAUAUACUGUCCCAUACAUAAUCACAUAUAUAAACACACUGACAUACACACAUAAUCACAGACACACACACACAUACAAUUGCAUAGUUACACACAAUCACAGACCUAUACACAGUCACAGACAUACACACAUAAUCACAGAUGUACACACACAAUCUCAUAUAUUCAUUCAUACAUAUACACAAUCACUGCCGAAACAUACACAAAAAUUACAUGCAUACACAUUUCGUACCUAGGAUGUCCACCCAGCAUCCCUACCUUCCUCUGGGAUGGCUGGAUCCUCGGUGGUGGCUAGCUGUUGGUGCUGGGCUGGGACCUCCUCUGUGCUAUUUCUGUACUGGUCUCAUCUGUGCUCUGUCUGCAUUGAUCUGUAAUAUUCUAAUUUAUGUGCAAUCUUUAAUGAGGCUGAAUUUCAAAACAUUAUGUUGCAACCAUUUAAUAUCAUUAGAUAAUAAAUGUGUUCACGAUGACACUUUAACAGAUCUUGGUAUCAAAGUCUGACCUUGGAUAUUGAUUUUGUUUUAUACCGAAAGGAAAGGUGGGUUGGUUUGUCUAUCUUGCCAGGAAUUAAGACUUAGUGGGUAUAUAUACACCUGCAGGUUUAGAGGCUGUGCCUGCUCGAAAUGGUACAGGUUCCCAGCUUUGAAUAAUGCAUGCUAUACUCUCUCUGAAACUGUUUUCAUCUCCCAACCAUGGUCUUGGAAAUUGACGGGAGAGUCAUGCAGUAAUUGGCUACAUCUGUGUCAAUGUCUGAACAUCACCGUAUUUCAAACACAUCAAAACUUUUUUUUUAAAUUCCACACUGACUCACAUAAUAGGAACAUUUUAAUUGGGAUUUAUUUUAACUUUCCAUGAAUGUUCUGUUGAUAUUGUAAUUUUAAAGGGGCCUCCUCAUUUGUGGGGUCUUUGCCUAUUUUGCAAUAUUUACUGAAACGGAAUCAUUGUGGCGUGCAACAAUACCGAGAGAUCCAGCGUAGAACGUUUUGUUCAUUGUGUGAGAAGGUGCCUUUCCUCACAUGUGUUGCAAGCCGCGGCUCCUGGAAAUGACAGAAUCUCCACGUUUGUUCAUCCCGGAAAUUUUCCAUAUGAAAAAGUAGUUCUUUCUUUUUAUUUCUAGUGACUUUUAUUGAACUUGCAACAUAAAAAUGUUAUCACCACUUUAGAAGAACUCGGGUUUCAAAAAAAUUGUUACUAAAGGACUAGAAUGAGAUGUCCAGCACAGCAUCUCAUGAUGUUUCUCAUGAUCUUAAAAAAAUAAAAAAAUAAAAAAACAAUUGCUAUUCAGUCUAACAUAAACCCUAUUUAAAAUGCAUUAAUAUAACCCUUCAAAAAUAGAUAUAUAUUUAAGAACUGUUAUGGGAAUAUUAGAUUGGACAAAUAUAUCAUUGUGUGGCUUAUGUUCCUUCUCAAAGGAUCCAGGGUCAAACUUUUCUUUAUUUUUACCUAUUCAGGGAUCACAGGGUCUCCCGGUUGCUCCUGCACAAUGUGUUUUUCCAGCACACCUAGGGAUCAGGCCUUGGUAAGAUCAGUGUACCCCCGGGGUGGGCUUGAAAAGUUUAAGGAAGGAGAGGUAAAAAUGGGGACAUUACAAGAGCAUUUUUAGAAUAUAGAGGACUCUACACCUUAAAGCACCUUAAUAGGGUUUUACUCCCACUGUUUUAGUGAGACUUCUCAUACCAUUUUGCCUUUUCUGUUUAUUUAUAUUUCCUACACUGCCAUUCCCUUGGCGCAGCCCUUCUUUUGUUAUUUUUGUGUUGUACAUUGUUGGAAACUGCUGGUUUUAGCAAAGUCUGUAUGUCGUGAGUUUACUAAAGUUUGAAGCGUAUGUGAGUCAGAAUGAUGCAAGUAUUUGCUGGAACUUUACAUGGUAUAGGAGGGAAGUAUCUAGGGUGAGAGGUGAUUGCCUAAUGUGUAAUUGUAUUAAAAUGAUUGUGCACACACAUGUUUAUAUCUGCCUUUACCACCGUCUCCCUCCCUAUACCACUAGCCUACCCCAUAAAAUUUGCACAACAAGAGUGCAAAAAACUGUUUUUUCUGUGCCUGUGGCAUGGACUGCCUGUAUGGAUGAAUUUUAUUUAGCACAGGGCAAUUUUAGUGUUUUCAUGGUUUAGUGGGAGUUGCAGUCCAUGAAGAGUGAUCUGUGGUUGUUUUGUUGGAGUAGCCUCAUGUAGUGGCCAUUGUUUGUAUAUAGAAUUUGUGUACUUUGAGUUGCAAUCAGUUUAAUGGACUGUAAUACUAUGAGCAGGUACAUGGGGUGUGGGUAUAAUAUAUUAAUUAUGGGGGGGGGGUGGGGGGGGGAGGACAACCCUAUAUUCAUAGUAGCACCCCGCCCCUAUGCAAGGUGUCAAACCGUUUUAGAACAGUUUUUCUUUCAUGGUCAGACAGUACAGGUUACCUUACUGGCUGAGAGCAUCAGCUAGUCAGUCAGCCAAUGACUUAAAGGACCACUAUAGUGCCAGGAAAACAUACUCGUUUCCCUGGCUCUAUAGGGUCCUUGGGUCCCCCUCCUGCUGGGCUCUAGGGUAAGGGGUUAAAUUCCUACCUUUUUCCAGCGCCUGGCUCACUCGGGGCUGGGGAAUCUCCUCCUCCUUCUGCUGUCAUGGGCUGCAUGCGCGGCAAGAUCCACCAUGCAUUCAGCCAGUCUCAUAGGAAAGAAUUCUCAAUGCUUUCCUAUGGACGCUGGCGUGUUCUCACUGUGAAAAUUUAUAGUGAGAAGCACGGAAGCGCCUCCAGCAGCUGUCAAUGAGACAGCCACUAGAGGCUGGAUUAACCCAUAUGUAAACAUAGCAGAUUCUCUGAAACUGCUGUGUUUACAGCAGGCAGGGUUAAUCCUAGAUGGACCUGGCACCCAGACCACUUUAUUAAGCUGAAGUGGUCUGGGUGCCUAUAAUGGUCCUUUAAGCACUGCAAAGUUUAGCACAGAGCGUUUGUCUUUUUUUUUUUUUAUGCUGUGGCAGUCAUGCCAUAGCUGUCCCGCUUUCAUGGCUAAAAUGUCGCCUUCAUGACCAAGUCUUUAUGAUUUUUGCCAAUCCAAUGCUUCCCAUAGAAAAAUAAUUAGAGGCUUUUGCGCUCAGCGCCAAUCAGCAUCUCCUCAGAGAUACAUUGAAUCAAUGCAUCUCUAUGGGGUACGCUCAGUACCUCUAUGUGACUGUCACAAGAGGUGUUACAAGGCAGCAAUGUAAACACUGCCUUUUCGCUGAAAAGGCAGUGUUUACGUUGAAAAGCCUGCAGGGACAGGCUGUAGGCAAACUACAUUAAGCUGACUACUAUAGUGUCCCUUUAAUAAUAGUAUUUUUGCAGUUGAAAAUAAAGCUUUGUUCAUUUAAAAAGGGAAAAAAACAAACUGGCUCCUAGAUUCCAAGCAAAUUUGUUAAGCCUUGUCAUAAAGAUAUGUUUAUGAAAUACUCAUGUUGACUUCCAUGUCAAUUUCAUUUGAAAUUCCAACACAAUCCGGAUAUAUUAUAAAACAAAGUAGGCACCGCUUUGAAUUACGGGCAAAGUCCAUGUUGAUAAAAGGCAGGAGCUUCUGUCGUUGAUCUUUGUAAAGUGCCGCAGCUGUCCCUAGCGACGUCUGUGAGAAAGAGUCCUCUUAACGUGCAUUGGCGCUCGUUACGCUAUCGAGGAUCUUGUGGGAUUGUCCAAAGACCUUGUCACGGAGGGAAUGAUUUAAAAAGAUUGCUUUCAGUCGCCCCUUUACAUUGUCUUGUGUGUAUCGUAAUAAAAUUCUUCAUCAAAAUAUGGUUGUAUGUAACCAUUUUUCUCUUUCAGAUUGUGUUAUUGAGGGUUUCCUGUGAACUGAUCAUGUGGGAUGGUAAUAGAAAUGUAUUUAAUGCUCAGUCAUCAUAUUUUACAAUUCUCUCACUAAGGAGUGUCUUUAGAAAAGCACCUCUGAUCUGUUUUAAAAGGGGAAAUUAAGCACCCAGACUUCUGGUGCAUCACAUAUAUUGUACUAUUUUUGUAGGGGUAUAUUAAAAUAGAUUUGCCCUAUACAUAUCUUGGGUGUUCUGUAGUGCUAUAGAAAGUUUAGUAAGUUGACGCUUCUAGCACCAUAACUUUGCCGUCUCCCUAAUAUAAUGAGUAAAUUGUUUCAUGACAGUUUGACAACUUACCGAGGGUGCUUCGGGUGACCGUUGCCUCCUACAAUUUGCCUACUUGAAUUGGGGGGUACCAGGGUGACCUCGACACCAUAACCACUUAAUUAUGCUGUAGUGUUAAUGGUGCUUUUAGUGUUCCCUUAACCCAGAGGUGUUGCUUUCUUACUUGGCAAUGUUCAGACAAUUUCAUAGCCCUCCUACAGUCUUUAACAGUAUAGUGUUCUCAAAAAAUGUCAAAAAUUGGUGGAAACUUUGACAACAAAAGGGUGGUUUAAAACCCAGCAAAUAAAUCUACAGUUUCUGUUUUUUUUGUCACACUGCUUAAAGCCUUUUAGAUGGUAGAGGGAACAUAAGGGCUGCACCCAAAACCUUAUAGCAAUGUAGCCAUUAGUAUAAACUGUAGUAAUUAUGGUACUGGACGUGUCCUUUUAAAUUGAGGAACUAAAAUGCCAUUUCUAGUUAAAAUGGAAAAAUGUAGUAAUUGUGUGUAUCAGAUUGUUUUUCCCAUAUCUGGUUCUUGCUUUUGGCCUUCACAAUCAUCCAAGAGCUUCUACUCAUUAUGUACCAUCCAAUUCAUUGAAACCGAUCUGUCCCUUAAAGCGACACUGUCAUGCCCCACCCCUGCAAAAUGAUUAUUUCAUUCAGAUAGAAUCUCUAUGAAAUACUUAUUAUAUUGACUGCUGGAAUUUUACAGAAAUUCCAAAGCUGUCAUCGGAUAUGCUGAAACAUAGUAGGGAGGACAUGGGCGGCACAGGGGAGUGGAGGCGAGGGGGGUGCAAUGCUGACAUUGGCGAUAGAUUUCAAACUUGCGCAGAACUGAUAUUAGCCAGUCUAGAAGUCUUGUUUCUGGCUGGCUGAUAACAUGCCAAUCAGUCUGCUGGAGGUGACGUUAAACCUCCGGCAGCGGAGAUGUUAAACUUUGUAUGUGCAGCUGCACAUACAGACUCCAAGCACCAUGACCACUUCAAGUUACCGAAGUGGUCAUGGUCCUUGUAGUAAUCCUCUUGCCUUCCACACACCUCUCAUGUAAUUAGACUUUGGAAAUUAUCUCUACCGCAGCACAAUAAUAUAAUGUUUAAAUGUGUAACAUGACAGAAUUCAAUUGUAUUCUAUUAGAAGUCUCCCCCCAUCCCCCUCCCCCUUUUAGGCUGGUAGUUUGUCUCUGUUGCUAAGCUAGUCACGCUAUGUCAAUGUCCCUGAUGAUCAGAAUCCAUGUGCUUGUUUAUUUUAUUUUUUUAAACCUGUACUUUAGGGAAAAGCAAAAAAUGCCUUGUGAAUGAAUAUCUGGCACUGUUUACUACGAUAGUAGACUUUCGCUCUCGAUUCUGCCUGUCACUGUGCAAACUACGUCUGUUUUAUAAUGUGUGUUCUUCAUAAGAUGUGACAUUAAAUAACUGGCUGUGGAAAAUCUGCUUCUGAUAAAUGUUCUAUCCUCUGCUGGCAUAUUUAUCAAUCUAAAUAAUUUUUAAUAAUUCUUUGACAAUGGAUUUUAUUUAUUUUUUUCAUUUUAUUCAUGCCGUUGGCCUUUUUGAAUGCAAAGGAAAUGGGUAUCGUUGCUUUCAUUAGUUGGCAGAUCGACAUAACAUGCCAUAGCAUGUCCCCCUUAUAUAACUCUUUUUUUUUUUUCUUCCCUCCUGGCCGCACAAUUACUCCAAAUGGUGCAAUAUGACAUGGCUUUACAAGGAAACUUAUCAACGUUUAAUGUUUAAAGUUAAUUACCUUUUUAAUGAUUUUUUUUUUAAAUGUAACCUUUUUUUUUAAACUAAUUGCAGCAAUUGGUCACGGUUGACAACGUAAUAAUCUGACCCAAAAUUUCUGCUCAGCCAGAUAAAUACAACUUUCUCAAAUCAAUCUACAUAAUAAACAAAAUCAAUAAAAAAAAAAAAAAAAUCGGCAUUGAUAUUAAAGGGACACUAUAGUCACCAGAACAACUACAUUGUAUUUGUUCUGGUGAGUAGAAUCCUUCCCUCCGGGCUUUUUGCCUUUUUUCCAGGCAGAGAAAAUGCUGUGUUUACAUUACAGCCUAGUGAUCCCUUCACUGGCCACUCCUCAGAUAGAUGCAUUGAUUCCAUGCAUUUUUAUGGGGAGAGUGCUGACUGGCCAGGGCUGUAUUUGGCUUAUGCUGGCUCUGCCCCUGAUAUACCUCCUUACAGUCUCAGCCAUCCUAUGCCUCCUAUGGCAAAGCAUUGUGAUUGGCUCAGAACACUUCUCAUGAUGUCAGCCAAGCAGGCAGAUCAGGUGCAGAGCCAGCAGCUGCAGACUGGAUCAAAAGUAAGAUUUUACUAUAUUUAGGGAGGCAAGGUGGGGUCAUGAGCGCUAGAUGGUGUUUUGCCUCUAGCCCUCCCUCUCGCCCACCCUGGUAAAAAAACAAAACAAAAUAAACCCCUUUAUUUACUUGCCUUAUCCCAGCGGUGAUGUCCCUUGUCACAGGGUAGGCGUAUCCCACCCCAAACCUUUAUGAGCGGGCGCUAAUGCUCGGCAAAUGCCACGUUCGCAUUAGACCUUCCCAUAGGAAAACUGGAUGUCGUCCUGCAGAGUUUGAGGAUGUCCUGCAUUGCGGGAACUGUAAUGUUUUUUACAUUGCAGCACUAAGUGCAAAAGGGACACAGCACCCAGACUACUUCAAUGAGCUAAAGUGGACUGGGUGCCUACAGUGUCCUUUUAAAUGCAUGGAUGUUAUGUUGGAGUAUAGAUACUAAACGGUGAUUUGGUAAAAAAUAAAAUUUCAUGCAAUGGAGUCUCCUUUUAAAUGUUAUUUGUGAUUUUUGCAGUUGUAAUCCGUGAUGUUUAUCCCAGGGAGAAGUUACCAUUUCUCUUUAAAGGAACACUAUCGUGUUUCCCAGUACUUGUCGUAAUGCUCCCCAAUCCCCCCUUCAUCAAAAUUGAAGAUCUCUGCCAAAUCUUAUGCUUCCUCAUAGGCAAGUAUUGGGAGGCUAGUGUACAUGCGCGGCAAAUAGUUGUGCUGCCAUUAGAGAAGUGUUAAAGGGACACUAUAGUCACCUAAACAAAUUUAACUUAAUGAAGCAGUUUUAGUGUAUAGGUCAUGCUUCUCAGGUUUCACUGCUCAGUUCAGUCAUUUAGGAGUUAAAUCGCUUUGUUUCUGUUUAUGCAGCCCUUGUCACACCUCCCCUAACUCUGACUGCAUAAAGAAAAAAAAAAUGGUUUCACUUUUAAUCAGAUGUAACUUACCUUAAACGAUUUUAUCUCCUGCUCUGUAAAUUGAACUUAAAUUACACACAGGAGGCUCUUGCAGGGACUAGUAAUGCUAUUAACAUAGCAGCAGAUAAGAAAAUAUAAAUUAAACAGAACUUGCAAUAAAGGAAGGAUAAACAUUAUAUCUUACAUUACAGGAAGCUUUUAGGAAAGUUGUGCAAGUCACAUGCAGAGAGGUGUGACUGGGGUGCAUGAACAAAGUGAUUUAACUCCUACAUGGCAGAGAAUUGAGCAAUGAGGCUCCAGGGGCAUGUUCUAUACACCAAAACUGCUUCAUUAAGCUAAAAUUGUUUUAGUGACUAUAGUGUCCCUUCAACCCUGCCGUGUAAACAUGUGGUCUGUGUGACUUUAGGCUCCCUCUAAGAACUGGUGUCUGUCAGUGUCCUAAAUUAAAAAAAAUACCUUUUUAUAAUUUAAUUUUAAUACAUGUUUAUGUUCAAUGGUGUGUGUGUGACAUACUGUCCGUUGAAAAGGUUUCCUAUCUGUAAAUAUCUGCUAGCCAUUAGCUCUAUAGUCUGUGAGAGGCUAUUUCAACAUGCAGAUCAUAUUUACAAACCUCAUAAUCCACAGGGAAACUGUAUCCCUGUGUUUUCCGUUGAAGCAUUCGGCAACCCAGCCCAAACUCACGCAGUUUCAGCGUGUUUUUGUUGUUUUUUUUUGUUUUUGUUUUUUCCAUGAAUGAAGCUAUUUUCCCCACUUGCCCCACAGCAUAAAAGCAUUAUUUACUAGUCCGUGUAAUACCGCAUAUACUGUGAUAUAUUUCAUCUCUCCUAUUGAAUCCCUAAGUUUAAUUACUGCUUUAUUAUAGUACCAGCUCUGCUGAGCCUUUGAAAGAUUCACAUUAGGCCAUGCUGGUUUUAGAGGCAAUGAUGUUGAGCUCUGUACUGAAAAUGCCUCCCAAGCUCUGCCACUUCUUGUACGAGUCAUUGCUCUGGUUAAAGUGACACUCAAAACAGUACAUUUGUUUUAAACUUUGGGCCCACCCAUAGUUCAUCACGGUGGCAAGUCCCAAACGACGACAUGGCACAAAUGCCGGACACUCGGCAGUGUAUGGGGACGUCUCUCAUAAGCAUUACAAUCAGAGCCACAUUUUAAGAUUUACUCUGGAGAAAAGAGUUGGCUGCUCACCAUCUGUUACAUACAGCCGCAAAGGGGCAUUGAGGGGAUUCACAACUAGGUAGUCUGUAUUCAUUUUGAUUCAGAAUCUGCCCCCCUCAUUUCUCCUACGGAAGGGAGCGAGGAAUUUUUUUUAAAUUUUUUUAUUUUUUUUUAAAUGUCCAAUUUUAAUUCAGUCACCCGAAAAUCAAAACAAUAUUUGCAGUCAGUGCAUUCUUAUAUCCAUCUCACCAAGGUGUAAAUGUAGCCGUAAUUACCAUUUGAGUAUCACUAAGUAAGUAUUUAAGGCAAUCACAGAACUUCGUCAUAAUAAAAAAAUAAAUAUAACAAAUGUCAGCAAAAGACCCGUAAAAAUGAGCCCACAGCUCUUUGCAAUAAGUAAAACUCUCUUCAGUGACAAAAAUAACAGAUCUUAAAUGUACGCUAAAGUCGCCAGAACAACUACAGCUUAAUAUAGUGGUACUAGUGUCUACAGCCUAUCCCUGCAGGUUUUUCAGUGUUAACAUUGCCUUUUCAGAGAAAAGGCAGUGCUUACAUUGCUGCCUAGUAACACCUCUAGUGGCAGUCCCUCAGACGACCACUAGAAGUGCUUUCUAGUCCAGCGCUGCACAGUGUGCAGCACCUACGUUCAGCGUCUCAAUGCUCUGCAUCUUCGAGGAGGUACUGAUUGGCACAACGUGGUUUAUUGCCGCGCAUGCACCAUAGUCUCCCAAUGCUUUCUGACUAUUGACUGAGAUCAUAAAGAUUUAUUGUCUCUGCCGUGGAGGUGGGGCCUGCUGCUGCGAGACUGCAGAGUACAAACCGUACCUUUCCCAUGUGAACAGAGGGGGGGGGGAGAGUCACUUAAAUAAAUUAGCACUAUUGCAGAGGCAGGCAGUCGACUAACUGAGGGCUGAAGCAGGUGGCUGAGUGAGUGAGGGGAGGGGGUGACCGACUCAUUGAAAGCUAAGGUAGGGAGGCGGGCGGCUGACCUGGGGAGGGAGCUGCCAGGUGACUAAUGGAGAGCUGAGGGAGGGGCCAGCUGACUUUGUGCGGCUGCGAGGAAGGGAGCUGUAAUCUCCCUGCUCUGCCCCCUCGCACGGCUUGUAGUGAUGCCAGGAGCUGGGUUAUGACAUCACUCCGGCCCCCGGCUCACUAAACCGUGCGCAAGAGGGAGCCAAGUAGGGAGAUAGCAGCCCGCUGGACCCCAGGGAAAGCCUAUCCACUCCAGCUCUCCAGAGGUAGGGAGACUGGAUUGUGUGUGUGUGUGUGUGUGUGUUCCCUCCAAUCACAUUGGGAAGGUGUUUUUACGCCCACGCUGUGCUGGUGAUGCUGCGGCUGGUCCCACCUCCAUGACGGAGAUCAUCAAUCAUGACGAUCUCAGCCAAUCCAAUGCUUUUCCAUAGGAAAGCAUUGGGAAACUAUUGCUCAUUCACGGCAAAACACGACAAUUUAACUUCUCAUAGGGAAGGGACUGAAUAUAGACUUCAGAACAACAUUACGCUGUAGUGGUUUUGGUGGCUAUUCUGUCCCUUUAAGAAUUUUAUUUUUGACGUUGAUUUUUCUGGCUCCUAGAUUCCAAACACAUUUGUCAAGCCCUGACCUAUUGUGUUCCUUUAAAUUUACACAUAGAGAAGAUUAGAACCAAACCACAUGGAAAUUUACCUUAUGCAGAUAAUAUUCUGAUGUGACACACCAGAUGUUUAAUGCAGUGUGUCAAUUUUUUUUCUCUUGGCUUUUUGUGACCAUGAACAUGCCUUGCAUUUUUAGAAUUAAAGUACCAAUAUUGACACGGACAGGCGGGCACACACAGGCCCACAGGCAGACGGACGGACACUGGCAAACAGACGGACACACUCGGAAAGACACAUCUUUUCAUACACAAAUUGUUCAUUUUAUUUUGAUUUAAGUCCAUCCCUACUUUUGGGAGAGCUGGGUUGGAUCGUUUCCCUGGGGUCCAGUGUGUUUAGUGAUGACCGGGGCCAGAGUGAUGUCAUGUGUCGGCUCCCGGUAUCACAGCACGUCACGUGAGUGAGAAGAGCAGGAAGAUUACAGCUCGCUGUCUCCAUUGGACAGUUCCUAUGAUGGCUAGGUGCCAGCUCUCAGGUCUAUCCCCCGCCUCCUCUUAACAGGUGAUGGCGAUGGUUUGCUCUAAAUAUCCAGCAAGGUGCGUGGCUAUUUUACAAACCACGUGACUUAAUGUAGUGAACGAGUAGUCAUUUUCAUGCAACUUUAACUGUAAACAAGUGAUAGUCGUAGAUAUAGAAAAGAAACCAAUAUCUGACGUGUGAUCUACGAUAAAACAUAGUUUCGUGUGGUUUUUGAUGUUUUUAGAUAUAUAGUUCAUUCGUGAGCACCGCCAUUUACAUUUUAUUAGAUCUACAAUAAUUAAGGAUUGAGUUUUGACUAUUUUUUUUUUUUUUUCCCUCUAACAAAUUGCUGCAAGUAAUGAUGAUGUGUUUAUGAAUCCUCUUGGUAACAAAGUAUAACGUGUCCUAGUUAUUGGGUCACCAUGCAGACAGUCUGUGUCCUGGUAUUUCCAGUUUGAGAUGGGGUUUGGAAUUGCAUUUGAAAUCCUCUCCGUGAGAACACACCUCCAUUGUUCUCUGGUCUCCAGGUGAGAUGGGCUAAUGCCUUUUUUGUUGAUUGGCGGUGAGUACAUCACACACUAUUGGCCUAGGAGUAUAAGCCCUUCUGUUAUGAACUGUUCUGUCGAUGAUUGAGACUGAAAUAAGCAUUCCUCUGGCAACCGCGGAAGGCACAAACUUUAUUUUCGUAUAGAUUAUACUCCACAUUCAAUAGAAUAAUCUGCAACCCAAAAUCCUCUGACGAUCUCCCUUUACCCACACGGCUGUGUUUACUAUGCUUAAAGGAAAGCUCCAAUCACCUAAAGCACUUCAGCUUGCUUUUUUUUUCUUUUCAUUUUACAAAAAUUUUAAAUUUCCUUAGAAAUUUGCGCUUUUCUAAAGAAACCUUGUUACACAGACAACCAGUCCUGUUACUCCCUGAUUGUUUAGCUCAGUGGAGAUGAACUCAAGAGGCAGCAAUUACCCAGAGCACCUGCCUUGCAAAUACUUUUCACUGAGGUGCAUUGGGAAGUCUGUGAUUGGACAGCCACAGAAAGUCUGGGCGGGGUUAGAAGGGGAGGGCUUGCAAAGUGCUGAAGACAAGAGAACUGCAGCUUCUGCAAGUGGUUUAUAGAUAUACCCCCAAUAAAAAAAAAUUUAUAAUUAAAUGGAUGCAUAUUUUUAUGUUGGGGCAUACCUACUAAACUUUUUUUUUUUUUGUUUGUUUGUUUUUUAAUUUAUUAAUUAUAUUUAUUUAUUCAGGUGAUGGAGUGUCCAUUUAGACCAUCAGCUUUUGCAAGUUGUUUUCAAGUAUACCUCCAAUAAAGAAAUGCAUACUUAAAUGCAAACCUGUUUUCAUUGGGGUGUAUAUAUACUAAACAGUGAUUCUAUUUUAUAGAAUUGGGGCUGCAGUGUCUCUUUAAAUCCACUUGGAUCAGCUUACAAUUUCCACUCGCCAAUGAGGGGUGAGAGAGUAGCCAUUCUGAGCCACAUGUGCAUUAAUAAAUACAGAAUCCAGUGCCCUCUGUUCCGACCUAUCUUUAAUGUUUGUCCCGUUUAUAAAUGUUCAUGUCUUGGCUCAAAUAAGACCUGAUGAUCAUUCGUUGCAUCGGGCUUUCACAGUACCGACGUACCCUUAUUGUGGCAUAUCAUAGUCCAUUUUUUUGCUUCUCUCGGCUAUUCAUAGUUUUAAUCCCUUCAUAAACGAAUUUAGGCAAAUGUUUUAUGAUGGACCGGCCACUUUGUAUUUCCUGAAGGGGUUAACCCAAAGUCAACCAUUGGUUGUCGCAUAAUCUUUCCUGUUUCUGUCCUCUUGCUCUAAUUUGGCAACUACUUAAAAUGCUUAGACAUUACAUUCAUGUUAACGCACUUUUUAGUUUAAAGUUUAGUUUGGCUAGUCCAGAUUGGUUUGCAGAGUUUAUCCUGCUCAUACCCUUUUUUUUUAUUUAUUUUUUUUAUAUAUAUUAUAAAUUCACUGUGACUGUGAUGCAUUUCUUUUUAUAAAUCCUUUGCGGUUUGUUUCUUUUUACUCUGCGAGCACUUCAUGCAAUGACGGGCCUAUUUAUAAGAGAUUUUAUGUAUAACCUUGGGUGGCCUGGGAUGGUCUUGAUAAGUUCCUGCGUCAUCUCCUCUUCGCUUCUCUGAGUUCCAAGGCUGUUCUAGCCCCCUAUUGAGAGAUUAUCAACAUCUUUGUUAUAGUUGGGAAGUAAAUGGGGUUGUAUGGAAAAUUCUGACUCGUAUCUGUGUUGAUUUUAAGAGAUCUGUACUUUAUUAACUGGAUUAUAUAGUGCUAAUCGGAUAACUUGGCCAUCAGAUAAUUUAAGAGCCAAAAAAGAAAUUAUCCAAAAAUGUUUUCGAAUGUAUUAUUUUUUUUUUUAUUAUUAUUUGAUUCUCCAAUUUCUGCAUUGUGCGUGGUUUCUAGCCGUCUCAUAAAAAAAACGCUCGUUCUGAUCGGUACUAAAUAUAAAACAUUUAUAAGGAAAUGUUGCUGUUUGGAACGUUGUUACUUUUCAAUAGCUGUCCUUCGAGCUAUAAAUGAUUUUUAUCCUGCCACGUUUUACCUCGUUGACAUUUUCUUGGGGGCUUAUUACUGCUCGGCUGUGGUCAAGUGACACAUUAGAACUAAUGGGUUAAAUGACUUUGUUGCCAUAACAGCAGAAACCGUUUUGUCACAUGUAACAAAUGACCUCUUUUUCACACAGGGGGAAUGGCUGAGAGUUUACAGCAAAUCAUGAGGUUUCUAUAAAUUUAUUUGUGAGAGCAAGCCUACGUACAUUUUCAAAAAUCUUAAUUAUUGGAGUUUAAAUAAAAAAAAAUGAACCAGCCCACUUGCAAGACUCAAAUGGAUUCAGUUUGUGUGCAAGAAAUCUUACCCCUCCCCCCCGUCCCCAUGCACGAGAAGCUACAAGCUGUUAUAUUUGCACAUGUCUAUCUGUUUUACUUGGGGUAAUGCUGUGCAGGGCUUAUACGAAAUGCACAUCUGUGCAUGUUUACCUGAUGGCAUCUCACCACUUCCUCUUGAGAUACAUGAGUGCUCUUUUUUGUCUUAAAAAAAUUAAAUAAUGUGUAUAUAUAUAUAUUCUUCAGGAACUUGCAAAUUAACUCGUGGUUGGGGGACCCAAAUCCUCCAGUUUUUUUUUUUUUGUUGUGGGAUGCAAGUGAGCAGUGAAAAAUAGGGAUAUGGAGGUAACUGUGGACCCUCCUGUGAGGUCAAAAAACCUGCUGGUGUCAGGACUAGGUAAAUAAAUGCCAUAAGCAGCGAGUAAACUAUGACUUAUCAGGAACGUGAUUCACGGCGUAUGAAGUGAAAAAUUGUGUAUUUGCAAUGCAAUAAUGGCGUACGUCUUAAAAUAUUGCAAGCGUCUCUGUUAAUGUCUUAGUUUUGUGUGUUUCCCCCAUCCGAGAGUUCUAUAUUCUUUUUAUUUUAAAAGGGAAUUCUUCUCCCCAUAGCUCUUAUUCCCUCUAAACUAAUAAAUAAGAUGUAAAUGAAAAACAGAAUGUUGACUUUGGGUUUUUAGUGACAUGUAAUCCUUAGGCCUGCCUAGCACUUGGAAUUUUGAGCCCUGUCUGUCUGUGCAUUAAAUAUAUUGUAAGCGAGGGGGUAAAAAGGGAACUGCCAGGAGAGAGCGAGAAAUAAUAACUGUAUCGCUGGUGGAGCAGCAAAUAUCUUAACCUGAACUCACAAAGCUACAGCCUCUACUACCUUACACUGCAUUCAUUAUCCCAAUAUUUGGGUAGAACUACCAGAUUUUCACUUACAGACAUUAUAGCUCCACUCAGGAUAAUUGUUUUGUAAAUAUGUACAUUAUUAUUUCUGUCUGAAUUUUGUAUUCCUUUUCUUUUUGUUGUGGUGACUUAUUUCACCUCUUAAUCACUAUAUUAAGUUACGUUUUAUUUGUAGAAAUACCUAGGCUAAUUGGUUGAUAUUUGCCACUCCACCAGCGAUAGUUACACACACACUCUCCCUCUCCCCCCCUCUCUCUGCCUGUUGCCAACCCAGAUUUUCUGUCUGCUUUUAGAUAAACGUAAACCAGUUUGGGUCGAAAGAAAUGCCCACAAUAUCUUAGAGUGCAUUUUAAAGUGUGUUUUGUAUUUCUCUUCAACAUUUUAUCAAAAUAAAAAACAUGAAUGUGUUUAAAAAAAAAAAAAAAAAAAGCAUGCAUCUCCGCUUGGUAAGAUUAGUGGUAAAAUGUCUGACUGUCAUUUUGGCCACGGUUGCAGGAAGCGUCGCUGUGCAUGGAGCUGGGCUCAGGAACGGGCGGAUGUGGUGAGCCGGUGGAACUGGUUGCAGGCUCAUGUAUCGGACUUGGAAUACCGAAUCCGCCAACACACAGACUUCUAUCGACAGCUGAGAGCUGGCAAGGUAAGGUGUUUGAUUGUUCAAGCUCUAGCGCAUGUCUGUUUUUCGAGGGAAAUAGUUUGCAUGUGUGAGGCAAUGGCAGGAACUUCCCCUUGGUUUCCAUGGCAAUUGCUCCUAAAUUAGCACACUGUCCCAGUUUUACCUUGAUCUGACAGAUUAUGCAGUGUGGUCUCCCGACUGCCACCACACCUUUUUGGCACAUGUCUAUUUUUAACUUUUAUUAAUACAUUUCUUUUUCUUGGAUGAAAUGUGUGCUUGUCUACCCAUGUUGGCAAGAAAAAAAAAAAAAGUAUAGAUAUACAUUACAACAAACCUUGUAUUUACAUAUUUUUUUAAAGAGCAAUUGAAAUUCUCUCUGGGGUAAAUAGAAAAGCACGAUCACAGGAAACGUGACCUAAAGCCAACAUGAUUUGUGUUUUACAAUAUGACACCUAAUUUUUUUGAAAAUAUUUGUUGGGGGGGGGGGGGCUAAUAUUUUCAUAAAGUACACUUUUUACAGAUGUAAUAACCUAAUAUGGAGAUGAAAAACUAAAUAUAAAUGAAGCCAAAGUGAAUUACUGUCCAAAGAACCAUAGGGCUAGGCUAGUUCACUUAGCAAAGAGAUUUCUUAUAAGGUUAAAUAAUGCUCCACCGCUCUCCUCUAAAAGGGGAAAAACUGCUACGUUACAAAGUGUGCAUAUAUAAACAAACGGUGAUCUGAUAAAGAAAUUGCAGAUAAAGGGCUUUGAUAGUAUACAAUCUUUCAUAUAGAUGUAGUAAAAGAAACCAAACAUGCUCACAAGAGGUGCUUAUGUACCAGUGCUAUAUAAUCAGCGUGUAGUGGCCCACGCCAACAGAACUAAUGUUUGUUGUGCUGUUCUUACCCCUCUUCAUGAUUGCCCACGUGGGGACCCUCUGCUGUAUGUGAAUAAUUGAAGGGAGGAGUUCACCUCUCAAAACAUGUCGAAUAAGAUGGAAGAGCUCUUGACCGCGGGCGUCAAUUGAAGAAGCAGUGCUGAUCGGUAUACAGCUAGGGACCCGGAGCCAAAGAGAGUUAGCAUAACCUUUUAAUAUGUAUACUCCAAAUAUUUGUGCUGGUGUCGCGGUCCGCUACAUUCGGAUUAUAUAGUGCGUGCACCCAAUCACCUCUUUUUUCACUACGCCUUUUCUUUUUAACUUUUCAAUAAAGGUAGGGUUCAAUGUUCGCAGUAGCCAUUGGCAAGUAAAAAUGUAACCCUGGUGGGUAAAAAUUCACCCCUUGCACUGGCAAGUAAAUUUUAAGGCUUGGCUAAUGGCAUAGGACUUACAAAUGUAAGUCCUGUUAAAGGUAUUACGCUAUUGGCCUCCAUUGCACAUUAUUUUUCAGCUCACAGAAGAUAAGAUGUUAAUAAAUAUAACCGGAGUGUGCUUAUUUGUUUUUUUCAUUCUAUUUUAAAUUUAAUGUCCGUUUCUUUGUUUGCAGGGGCAAGUUGUGCUUGGGGAGUCUUCUUCUGGGGGUAGUUCUUCGGGAAAUGAUUUGCACCGUUUCCCUUCCGAUAAAAGAACAUCAGUGGUGUUGGAAACGGAGAGACAGGUGAGAACGUGGAGUGCCGAGUGCAAGGCAUAGCAAGGAAAUGGACUGAUCUACUGAGAAGAGAGAAUAUCUAAACUGACUCUGUUUCUGCAUUUUCCUUGGCGUAGUCCUUGUUCUGAUAUCAACCACUACAAAUAAUAAUUAUGUGAAAAAUAUACCCAGCUCCAGCAAUGCAUUUUACUUAUCCCUCACCCAUCCCAUCUGUCCUAUAAAUUAGAGCACAGCAGUUAUUCCAGGUGCCCGUGACAUCUCUCUGCGAGUUUUGGCGGCUCAUUGUAAGGCCCAUACAUAGUGACUGCAGCUCCCCCUGCUGUCUACAUGCACAGCUGCACUUGUCACGUAAGCACUAAUUCUUUCAAUGGAGCUGGCCUCGUGUAGUUUUUCAUUUUGAGAUGGUCAUUGUAAUGGAAGGAUUUCUAACAGUUUCUGUAUCCUUACAGGGUGAUCCAGGCUCUGGGGAAUCGAAAUCACUGCAGAGGCCUCUUAAUGGAGUAGUCAAUAUGUAAGUAUAAAGUACAGAUAGCAGAUUGGUCUGUGUCACGUGCAACUGAUGCUAUUGCCAUCCCAGACGGGGGAUGAAGUUUGUUUUUUCUUUGCCCUUAUUGGUAGGAUAACGGGUUACCAGUAUAGUGGGUUUUAUUUAAGUCACUAGUUAGUAAGACUCUAUUUAAAUCCUUAUUUUUUUUUUUUUUAAAUCAUUCUUGCAGGUUGUUUAUAAUUAAUAUUUUCGUCCAGAUGAUUCCUUAUUCAGAAUGAUACAUUUUCAGGUUGUUGUAACCGCUGCAUGAGAACUGAUAUUGUUGCAUACCAUUAAAUAUGCGUAGACAAUGGUGGAAUUAUCGCAGCGUGAACUAUCUCCAGUUUAAAAAGUCGAUCAUUCUUCUAUUUGGAGAACAGUUUAACAAUUUAAAUUUAGUUUAAUUAAAAUACUAAGCGAGUUAAUAAUGUAUUUGCUUAAUCAUCAAUCAUCAAUGUUUAACUGAAGCAAAAUAUCUUUAAAACAACCAAAAAAAACCCAUAAAUUGCAAUGGUUUGCUUCCUUACCUGGGUACUCUCCCCGGGCCAAGCCUUCUCUGCUACCGGGUGAUCCUAAUCUUUAACAACCUUUUCCGGGCUGGCUAACAACGUACAAGUGCCGUUGCUGGAGGCGGAGUUACACCCCUGACCGCAAUAUAAAAUAUCUUUGUAUGUGUGCAGAAUUUCAUGUCAAAAUCUGCACAUUCAGACUCCAAACACCAUCUGAAGUGGUCAUGGUGUUUGGAGUAGCCUUUUAAGGAAAGCUGCUCAUUGUGUACACAUAGAUUUAGAGAAUGACAAUGGGAUUAAGUUUGUUUUUCGAACUUCAUAUGUUUAUCAUAGAACAUUUUUUCUGUGAAAAAAAAAAAAAGUGCAUGUUAUCUCCGAGGACUCAAGUUCAAUUAACUUGGAUCAAUGGAAUUAAUUUUCAAAAUGUAUAAAGUUUGCAUGAAUAUACAGCCUCACAUUAAAGCAAUUGGUUAUGUAUUUUUUCAUCCGAAAGCAUUUUAUUAAAAGAAAAACAAUUCAAAACUAAAAAACAUUAUCUCAAUAAAACUUAGAUUUAAAUUUGUAUUUUUUUUAUUUUCCAUCAAUCAUUGAUUGUUAUACAAUCUAGUGGGUACAGUUACACGUGGUGUCUUUCAUCGGACUAAUUUGUUUCUUCUCAUCUUGACCACUUCUGCUGAUAGUGUGUAGUAUUUGUCAUUCUUUUGGAAUGGACAAGUAAAUUGUAAAUCAGGCCAAAACGGUCAAAGUGAAAACAUUCUCCAGUUUGCGUAGUGCCCCACCCACUCCAGCCUAAAAUGGGCAGUUUUUGUCAAAUCUUUAGAUUUAAAAAAAAAAAAAAAAAAAAGGGAUAAAAAAGACUUUAAUAAAAGUUCAUAUUGGCUGCUGCAGAUUUUCAAUACCAUUUAUCCAUUCUAUGAUUUUUGAGGUUUGGCAAUACAGUGCACUUCUCUUUCCUGUGGCUAAUAUGUGCCUUUGGUCUCUCGUUUAUUGCCAGGAACCCCCCUGGAUCUUCAAACAGGUGUAGCUCAGAAAAUCAAGAUGAACCCCUCAACAAGCCCCAACCCUCCACUCCAGAUGGGAGCUGUGUGUGCGCCAGAGCAAGACCGCUUCAGUCCUGCAAGAGGAGGAGGGUAGUCAGACCAGAGCGACUAUUACCCCUCCACAGAAAGGUAAGGCCGCGCCAAAACACUGGUCCUUAAGUCCAGGUUAUUUUAAUUGGCUACUCCUCGCUAACAAGAGAUGCCAUUUUUGCAUUUUAACUAAACCACAAAUAUCCCCUUUAAUCUCUGAUGGGCAACAUUAUCCUGGUGUCUAUGCUGGGCAAAUUGCUGAAAAAUUAGGUUUAAAGGCGUUUUUUCAAAAUCAUUUAUUUAAAGGGACGCUACAAGCUCCAUAACAUUGAAGCUCAUUGUACCGAUUACGGGGAAAAAAAUUAUUUAAUAAUUGCCUUUAAAUGGUUUGACGCAAAACUUUACCUAUAGCUUGGCCCCACGCUAUUGGUUGUUUAUGAAUAUGAACUAUUCUUCUUUGGACUUUAACUAUAGGCUGAGAAUGAUGAGAGGCAACCAUGUUCCUUUAUAAAAAUGUGCGUAAUGUGAAAUGUUCUUGCCAGUCUUGGUGGUAUUUGCUACUAAGUAACCAUAGGAGUGAGAGAGAUUACAAUAAUCGGACAAGUAUCGGACAAGAAGACUUUGUGACGUUCGAUCGUUUUUGGCUUUUCAAAGAAAAUGUGUCAAAGAAUAGCUCAAAGAAAUUUUCUUUCAUCAGAUAUCAAUAGUUGUCUUUGUUUUGAACCUUUUUAUUUUGCUCAGAGGUACACACUUGUUCAGGAACACUGUGUAGGCAGUUAUACUAAAUACAAAUUGAGGUGGAAGCUAUUUCACCGUCUGCUUCUUUUGCUCGAGAUUCAGGAUGAUUAAAAUACUCUUCCACCGAUAUGCGGCCCCGUCUUUCGUAGAUGAGAAACUGCACGUUCUGUAGACUAUUAAAGGGACACUCCCAGCAUAAUAACCAUUUAUUCUCCUAGGCUUCUCAAUUAAUUUGUGUACCUGCAGCAAUUUCCAUUCCAAAUCUUUGCAUUCCACUGCUGUCCCUUCAAAGCUUGUGUGGUAUGUGCUUUUUAUCUCUGACUGGUACUUUAAUGGUCUGUUUAAAAAGCUCUGCUUAUCUAGAAGUAUAUCAGUGGGGCUAUUUAUCAAUCUGAUAGAAACUUCGGCACACUAUUUCGCUCACUACCUCCAUGUGAUGAGUUGUGUAGUCCACGGUCUUGUUGGUUAGAAGUUCAGAGAAAGUGCUUGCGUUGAAAACAAUAGGACCUUUAGAUUUUUCAGCUACUUCCUGGUUUGAGUACUCAACUGGUGAUUUACAACAUACGCAGGAAUUGCAUUUUAUUUUUUUUAUUUAACAUUUUCUGCUCAUAGAAUUAUCUCAUGCACUAAGAAGGAGUCUUCUUUUAAAGGAAAACGAUAGUGUUAAGAAUACAAAACGUUAUUCCUAAAGUCAGCUGAUGGGGUACUUAAUGUGCAUGAGAGGCAAGUGCUUCGCACGUAUAAUGCCUUCUCCAUAUGAAAGCAUUGCCUCAAUGUUUUCCUGUGGGGAUUUUGUGGACGUGGAACGUCCUCAUGCAAAGCGUGCAUACUUCCAGCGUUGUAUCCCCGAGUAAAACUGCAAGAAGCGCCUCUAGUCGCUGUCUGGUAGAUUGCCACUAGGGGCAGUCUUACACUGCAGAGUUAAGAAAACAAUUAUACAAAGUUGUUUCUUAAAACCAUUAUUAAGGACAUUAAAUCUUUUGCUGAUAGUGUAGCACACUGCGAAACUGAACAAAAGUUUUGUUUUGUAUUGUUUUUUUAUUUUUUUAUUAAUUACGAUAAUUUGUUUUCCUCUCUCUCUCUUUUCUCUUACAAUUGCUAUAAAAUUUUGUGACCUUAAUUAUUGCAGAUGGACAUAUGACAUUUUGUUGCUGCCCCCAACCCUUCUUCUGUCAUUUACUUUAUUGCAGCAUUUAGCUCCUUUCUGUAAGACCUUUAUUAGUCCGUGGUCUUCCCUGGGGACCAAAAGCCAGGCGUUCUCUUGUUUACCAUAAUGCGGUAAAUCUCAGUCUGUGAGGAUUAGACCUUUGUUUCUACUUGCAGUCGCUUUCUGGUGAUUAGAUUAUCUGGUAGUACACUGCAUGUCAUUCUGCAGCAAUCAAUGUCUUUUUAUAAAAUAUUAAUUUCCCACUUAAUUGAGGUUAGUUUUGUUUUUUGAACUCCAGGUUUACACUACCAAAUUAGGAUUUUUAUUUGUUUUAUUUGAACUCUGAUUGAACAUGCUUGGUUUAAUCUUUUAGUUUCCAUGAAGUCCAUCUAAGCCAUGUAGUUUACAAAUAAUAAUGAGUUAAAGAGAGAGGGAUAGCAUUAAAAAGUUUGAAAGAACAACAACAAGCCCAUGAAGUGGGUGUUGCGGAGGGAUGCGUGAGUAGGUGGUGUUGCAGCAUGUUCUAUGAUGGAUUGAUGAGUAAGAUGUGUUGCAGUAGAUUUUAGUAAAGUUACACGGAAGCCAUGGUGAUCUAGCGAGAUUGCAGUAACUAAGGAUGAAUUUUUCAUGGUGAAAUAAGUAGUAGGGCACGAAAGUGUAAAAGCCAGUUCUUGGAUCUAAGUGUUGUCUUGAGAUCACACCAAAUGUCAUGUAACCUCUUCUUAUCUCCCCAGGCUCAACACAGUGUUCCCAGAUUGUGCGAGGUCUCCCAAUCGUGCAUUAUGUGUGCUAGUUUUGCUGGACCUGCUCCCAUAUUCCCAUACAGUGACCCACCGUGUGAACGACUGGCUGUGUUGGACCCAGCUAUUCAUCCUGUCCUAUCCUUCCCAGAUGGUGAGUUCCAUUUAGAAUUUUAUGUUGCUUACGGUUUCAUAAUGUUACUUGUGGAAUGCAUUUAUUCACUAAUGCAGCCCUUUUUCACAACAGGGCAGAUUAUUGUAAGUGUUUUAUUCGUAUGGUGUACGCUGCUUGAUAGAUGUUCUAUAGUCUCUUUAAUGCAGUGAGAAACUAGCGUAGAUGAAAAUAAGUUUGCAGCUUUGAAUGUGCUCUUUGAGGUUACUUUUUGCUCUCUCCGUAGACAUCCCAGCAAGUCUACGACACCUCUCACUUCUUCGUUCUCAUGACAAAGUGGAAAAGGCUAAAGCUCUGAAAAAGCUGAAACAUCGCCUUCCAAACCAGCUCAACCCCACUCAUGAUAUUACCCGUGGGGAACGUGUAACUGGGACCCUUUAUCCACACAGUGAGUUUCAAACCUUCUGUUUCCACUUGUUUGUUAACAAAUUUUGUCCUCCAUCAACUUGUCGUCGGUGUGCAUUUCUCAUCCUGUAAUCUUCAUCCUUACAAACACAGGGCUCACUCUCCAGCGGCCUCCCCCGGAGAUGCCACCAAAACAGCAUUUGGAAUCAUCUCUUCGUACCUUGAAGUGUGAAAAGCUUUUUGGCUCUCGGCCUGAUCGUUCCAGCUCAAUCACCACACCCCACAGCAAGAAGCGUCCUUUUGGGCAUUUGGAGAGAAAUGGUAAGGUUAAACUGCAUUGAUGGAAUGUCAACUCAAACACAACAUGGUUGAUUCUCCGAUUUAGAUACUAAUAUCUCUGUUUAAACCACAGGAAGACACGUUGACUCUUCUGUGCCCAGUCCAUCAUCAGAUGUCGGCCUCCCUACCUUGCAGCCGCCUCUCACGCGCCAGCUAUCUGCUCCUACUGAAGGCUCCCUUGGGACCCCAUCACAGGCCCUUGCGGUGCGUGUAUGCAUUUGAAUUGUGUUAUGUUGUUGUAUCAUCAGUUUGCAUGAAAUUUUAUUGCACAAUGCUGCUUGAGUUAUAAGUGGUAAUUUAACUGUUAAGCCACAACUUGUUUUUUUUUUGUUUUUUUGUUCUUGUCCUCUACUUAGAAACAUUGUUUUUCAUGUUUUAUAAAUUCACAUUUUUUUUUUUUUUUACCAAAGAACAAUAAUAUAUAAGAAAAAUAAUACAAUCCAUUAAAUAUGAUCAAUAAUAUAGCACAAUAUGCAAGCCAUCCUGUAAAAGGAACACUCCAAACACAGUAAUCACUGCAGCCUGGCGUAGAUGUUAUGGUGCCAAGAGUGUCCUAAUUGUCGAACCAAUUUAGAACAAAAGCUUGUCUGGGUUCUGUGGCGCCCACUGUGUACUACUGAAUAUUUUCACAAAGCAAGUCUGAGACUGCUUUGCUGAGACUCUCAAUAAGAUUGGAUCUGCUUGACUCACUAGAGCGGACCAGUUUCUACUGCAAGAAGAAAUCAACAGCCAUUUAAGAUGUCAAACUGUUUUAAAUGGUAUGCCAGAUUACUAUGUGUGGGUGCUGGGAUGUAGUGAUUAUGGUGCUUGGAUUGAGUCAGUAACACAGACAUGUAUUCCCGAUCCUAUAGUUUUAAAAACACCAUCUCGCCCCACUGACCCCCCCUUGCUUCUCUAAAUAUAGUAAAAUCUUAUUUGUAUUCAAGUCAACAGCUGCUGGCUCUACCCCUGCCUGCCUCUGACCUGCCUGCUCACAUCACCAGAAGUAGUGUUCUGAGCCAAUCACAAUGCCAUAGGAUUGGCUGAGAUUGCCAAGAUCAGGGGCAGAUCAGGGGCAGAGGCAUUCCUGGCCAAUCAGCAACUCCUCAUAGAGAUGAAUUGUAUCAGUGCAUUUCUGAGGAAAGUUCAGUGUCUGCAUGCAGACGGUGGAGAUACUGAAUGGCAGUCACACUGCAGCACUGCCCCAGGAAGCACCUCUAGCAGCCAUCUGAGAAGUGGCCAGUGAUGUUAUUACUAGGCUGUAAUGUAAACCAUGCAUUUUCUCUGAAUAAACAGUGUUUACAACUUAUUGCAUUUGUUCUGGUGAGUAGAAUCACCCCUUUAGGCUUUUUGCUAUAGUGUCCCUUUAACCGCUUGACGACCGAUGAUGGUUCAGGACCAUCAUCGGAAACAUCCCCUGAGGACCGAUGAUGGUCCUGAACCGUCAUAACGGUCUGGGGGGUACUUACCUGAUCGCAGUCAGUCCCCCGGCGGCGAUCAGUGCUCCUCCCAGUCCAGGGGGAUGAUCAGGACCCCAUGGCCACGUGAUCGCUCAAUCACAUGGCCGCAAUAGAUGCCUGUGUGUCUGCCUGCAGGGGGACUGUCCGUGCUGAGAGGCAGUCUCCCUGCAAGUGAAAAAUUCUAAAAUAAAGUUUAAAAAAAAUAGCAAUCCGUGUUUAAAAAAAAUAAAAAUAAAAAUGUGUGUAUGUAUGUAAGUGUAUUUUUAUAUUUAUAUAAACAUAUAUUAAUAUAAAAAUACACUUAUAUUUAAAUUACACACGUGUGUGUGUAUAUAUAGAAUAUAUAUAAUAACUAUAUAGUGUGUGUGUGUAUAUAUAUAUAUAUAUAUUAAAUAAUUUUAUUCGAACAGUAUUUUGAUAUUAAUAUAUAUAUUUAUAUCAAAAUACACUUAGAAUGUAAUGUAUAAAUAAACAUAAUACGAAAUAUAGAUACAUAAUUACAUAAAUAAUUUAAUAAAUAUACAUGUAGACGUCAAAUAUAUAAAUAUGUAUAUAUUCAAAUUCUAUGUGCAUAUAUAUGUAAUAUUUUUACCUAAUUAAGUAAUUUUAAUGAUUGCAAUUUGAGGGACCUGCCUGACAACCCAGGCCUAAAGUCCAGAGAAUUUAAUUUGCUAGCACUGUAUUUAAUACUGCAACGUUCUAGGACACCCUAAAACCUGUACAUGGGGGUACUGUUUUACUCGGGAGACUUCGCUGAACACAAAUAUUAGUGAUUCAAAACAGUAAAACCUAUCACAGCGAUGAUAUUGUCAGUGAAAGUGACGUUUUUUUAAAUUUUUCACACACAAGUGGAACUUUCACUGAUGAUAUCAUUGAUGUGCUACAUUUUACUGUUCUGAUACACUAAUAUUUGUGUUCAGCGAAGUCUCCUGAGUAUAACAAUACCCCACAUGUACAGGUUUUAUAGUGUUUGUGACAGUUACAGCGUCAAAUAUAAGGCUUGAUUUUACCUUUUUAUUUUUAUUUUUUUAUAUUGAAAGUUGUCAGAUUGGUUAGGUUGCCUUUGAGAGCGUAUGGUAGCCCAGGAAUGAGAAUUACCCCCAUGAUGGCAUACCAUUUGCAAAAGAAGACAAGCCAAGGUAUUGCAAAUGGGGUAUGUUCAGCCUUUUUUUAGUAGCCACUUAGUCACAAACACUGGCCAAAGUUAGCGUUUCUUGCGUUUUUAACACACAAAUAAAUAUAAAUGCUAACUUUGGCCGGUGUUUGUGACUAGGUGGCUACUAAAAAAGACUGGACAUACCCCAUUUUGAAUACCCUGGGUUGUCUACUUUAAAAAAAUAUGUACAUGUGAGGUGUGAUUCGGGGAUUUAUGACAGAUAACGGUGAUACAAUGUCACUAUUGAUAAAUUUAAAAUAUAUAUAUAUAUAUAUAUAUAUAUAUAUAUAUAUAUAUAUAUAUAUAUAUAUAUAUAUAUAUAUAUAUAUAUAUAUAUAUAUAUAUAUUGUGUAUAUAUAAUGUAUAUUGAAACAGCAAUUUCUUACUUGUAUUUAUAGGCCUAUAACUUGCAAUAAAGCAUGUAAACACUGGGUUUUUUUUAAACUCGGGACAACAUUUUAAAUCUAUUUGGCAGUUUUUUUUCAUAGCUUUUGUAGAUAAGUAAAAUAUUUUUCAAGUAAAAGUCCAAACUCAUGUUAUUUUAAAUUUUUCACUAUAUUUUUUUUUUUUUUUUUAAAUAAAAUAUGACAUGAGGCAAAUAAUGGUAUGUUAAGAAAGCCCUUCUUGUCCUGAAAAAAACAAUAUAUAACUUGUAUGGGAACCGUAAGUGAGAGAGAGGAAAAUUACAGCUAAACACAAACACCACAAAAGUGUCAAAACUGCUCUGGUCCUUAACGUACAACAUCGCAAAAACAGGCCGGUCCUUAAAGGACCACUCUAGGCACCUAGACCACUUCAGCUUAAUGAAGUGGUCUGGGUGCCAGGUCCAGCUAGGGUUAACCCAUUCUUUUAUAAACAUAGCAGUUUCAGAGAAACUGCUAUGUUUAUGAAUGGGUUAAGCCUUCCCCCAAAUCCUCUAGUGGCUGUCUCAUUGACAGCCGCUAGAGGCGCUUGCGUGAUUCUCAUUGUGAAAAUCACAGUGAGAGCACACAAGCAUCCAUAGGAAAGCAUUGUAAAUGCUUUCCUAUGCGACCGGCUGAAUGCGUGCGCAUUCAGCCGACGAGGAGGAUCGGAGGAGGAGAGCUCCCCGCCCAGCGCUGGAAAAAGGUAAGUUUUAACCCCUUUCCCCCUUCCAGAGCCGGGCGGGAGGGGGACCCUCCGGGCACUAUAGUGCCAGGAAAGCGAGUAUGUUUUCCUGGCAUUAUAGUGGUCCUUUAAGGGGUUAAACAUAUCUUCCUUCUUUUUUUUCCCUGUGAAGCAUAGACAACCUUUUCUUUAUCACUGUAUGGAUUUGCAUGAUUGUCUCAUCACCCUGGAUGUGGCUGGAAAGGUUUUUACCAACUGCACACAGUGAGAGGGGGACUCACUCACCCCUUAUAUUAAGCAGGGGUCAGUCACUUUUUUUAGACUCGGUUUCCAGUAAGUGACUAAUGAAUAGGCUGCUUAAAUUUCGGCAUGUGCUAUCAGCCCCCUACAGUGUUCUCCUGCAUAGCUGGUUACUUCCUCAUGAUGUUAUCACCAUGACAAAACCUCCAGGAAUAUCACAAAACAGGAAAGAGGGAGACUUGACUGUGUGCCACUAGAUUGCAAUUCAUCUGCCCAGCAUGUGUCCUUUUUAUUUGAUUACUUUUUUGCCUCCUCCUGUGUUAAGGGCACAUUGGGUAAAGGAGACUAUUUUUAUAACUUUUUGGGGGGAGGGGCGAUUUAACUGGAAGUCCAGUAGUGAUUCCAGAGUUUUGGGAAGCUGUUUUUGUUUGGUGUUACAUAUCAAUUUAACCCCCUUCUGGACAGAUAAAGUGGCACGUCUGUCUUUUUAAAGGACCACAAUAGUGCCCUCAGGGUCCCCCUCCUGCCGGGCUGGAUGUAGAGGAAGGGGUUAAACUUACCUCUUUCUCCAGCGCCGGGCGGAGAGCUCUCCUCUUCGGCUGAAUGCGCAUGCGCGGUAAGACCCAUACCAUAGGAAAGCAUUCUGAAUGCUCUCCUAUGGACGCAAGCGUCUUCUCACUGUGAAAAUCACAGUGAGAAGUGCAGAAGCCCUCUGUCAAUGAGACAGCCACUAGAGACUGGAUUAACCCAUAGGUAAAAAUAGCAGUUUCUCUGAAACUAUGUUUACAGAAAAAAGGGCUAAUCCUAUCUGGACCUGGCACCCAGACCACUUCAUUAAGCUGAAGUGGUCUGGGUGCCUAUAGUGGUCCUUUAAGUCUUUGUCUUGUCCUGAAAGGGUUACAACAUGAGCAGUUGUUGCCAGUUUUCGUUUUAAUUCAUGCUGCGUUUUUAUGAAAAGGUGAAAUUAUCCUGAAAAUUCCAUUGAGGUUUAUUUGUGCACGAUGUGUGUUGAUGAUUAGUGAUUGGAUGUAAAUCAAUAGAUUGCCUAAGGCUUCACUCAACCCAGGCCUCUUGAGUCUUCAGGAUAAGAAAAAUAAAAAUAUUUUGGCAUGUGUGCACUUUAUCUUCGAUCAGUCUUUAGGCAUUCUAAUCAUCAUGAGAAUUGUAGUCCACAAUCAUGUUUGAGUUAACCAUAACAGACUAUGUAGUAUGAGAGACGAGGUAACAAUAUACGUAAAUAUGGAAAUAUCCAUACAUCGAAAUUUGGCUUUUUGUGUGUGUGUUUUUUGUUUUCUCUCUGGCCCUAUCUGAAUAUCUAAAGGAAAAAAAACUAUGUGAAGGUUAUGUAUUCCAUGAUAAUUCUCUGGGAUGGAACUUGCUCAGUCAUGAAGAAAAACUGUUUUUGAAACUAAUCUAAGACAACAAUACGAUAAGUUAAACCUCUGAUGCAAUCCUUCGUAAUAUAUUAUGAGGUUUUUCCUUCUAGUAAUGGCAUUUACAGCCCCCUCUAGUGGCUACAUUUCAUAAUAUAUUGGUCUUACAGAUUCAAAUGCAGAUUGGAGUCAAUAGAUCCUACAAGGAACUUUCCCAAUCAAAAAAUAUUAACAUGAUCUAAAAUUGACAUGAUUAUUGGAACACAAACCACAUGUACAGUUUUGAUUUUUUUUUUUUUAAAUCCAGGUGCAAUACUUUUCCUGACUAAAAUACCUGUUUAAAUUGCCCCAAAACUGACACUACUUUAAUUCUACCAGCUUGUUCUCUCAUUAAAGGACCACUAUAGUGCCCUGAGGGUGCUCCCGCCCAGCUCUGGAAGGGGGAAAGGGGUUAAAACUUACCUUUUUCCAGCCCUGGGCGGGGAGCUUUCUGCCUCCUCUCCUCCUCUGAUCCGCCCCGUCGGCUGAAUGCGCACGCGCGGCAAGAGCUGCGCGCACAUUCAGCCGGUCGCAUAGGAAAGCAUUCAUAAUGCUUUCCUAUGGACGCUUGCGUGCUCUCACUGUGAUUUUCACAGUGAGAAGCACGCAAGCGCCUCUAGCGGCUGUCAAUGAGACAGCCAAUAGAGGCUUUGGGGGAAGGCUUAACCCAUUGAUAAACAUAGCAGUUUCUCUGAAACUGCUAUGUUUAUAAAAAAUGGGUUAACCCUAGAAGGUCCUGGCACCCAGACCACUUCAUUAAGCUGAAGUGGUCUGGGUGCCUAGAGUGGUCCUUUAAUGUGGAAGUGGUAGAUCAAGUUCCUGUUCUGUAACUACAAAAAGUAAAAAGUCGAGAGCUGUUUUGCCCAGUGCACCUUUAACAUAUUAUUUUUGUUCCUUGAAAUCGAUGGGAGGAGAAUUAGAUGAGUGAAUAGAGGUCACAUUUGGCACGACACUUCAAGUUUAAAAGAAAGAUAAACCUUCUAGAUUUUUCUUGGUUUUAUUUAUUUUUAUUUUUUAUAGAGACACGAUAGUCCCCAGAUUUGAGAAAGGGCAGUGUUUACAUUACUUCCUAGGAACACAUCUAUUGACCAUUCCUCAGAUGGCCAGCAGAGGUGCUUCCUGGGUUACAGGCGUUGAUCUAAGGAGAUGCUGAUUGGCCAGGGUGUUUUUUUAGCCCCUGCCACCUUGGCUUUUUUAUAACAAUAUAGGGUCAGGAAUAAAAAUGUGUUCCUUUUAUGCUUACAGCAAACUGUAAUAUUGAAUAGAGGCCAACAUCAAAUAAUGACCAUUGCACAAAUUUAAGCAAAUUGAUUUUGCAAACCAGCUGCUCCCCCUUCUAUAACACAUGUCCCCCAUUCUGUUUGCUCACGCAUCCAUUGUCAUUCCUUAGGCUGCCCGGAGACGAAGGACUGAGAGUUCCUAUGAUAUCAACAACAUUGUGAUCCCCAUGUCAGUGGCUGCGACCACCAGAGUGGAGAGAUUGCAAUACAAAGAGAUCCUUACUCCCAGGUAUGUUGAUUAACCUCUUCACUCCCCAAACUGUGCAAACACAUAUUUACUUACCUUUGCAAAACAAAAUUUACUCUAUAAGGGAUCGCUCAUCAGGAAUGAUUACCACCCAGUAGAGGAACAACUUUCUCUGCCAGGAACGAAUUCCACUCAUUUAAUGUCUGCAAAUGUCUAGAAAAUUACAGCUUCCUCUCUUCAAACAGUUGCUAGUUUCAUAAAUUUAAUUACCACUGAGUUUCUAAAAUGUUAUGCUUGGUAGUAAUAAAGACACCUAUGAUUGUCCUUGUCUGAAUUAUUUUUGUUUUGGCUUAGGAAAGACCCUAAGCAGUUUGUUUCACUGUAAUCUACAUAUUAUACCCCAUUAACCAUUUUCUCCCUAUUUUCUGCUCUGUUCCUGCAGUUGGAGAGUGGUUCCCAUUGCACCCCUGAAUCCAAAUACAGAAGAGGAUACAGAAGAGGUGAGUUUUGCCAAAGAAAGGAAAGAUACUUUGAGAACACAAAAUAGAAUAGUCCUGAAGAUGUUUACUGUUAAUAUAGAGUUCCGAGGCAGUUCAGAUAAAACAGACCUUUUCUGUAAAGUUUUCCUAGCAGGGAAGAUCGAGAUUGGUCACAUUGAUAUGAAUUUGACACUUGUGUCUUGGCGUGACUGCUAUCUGUGCACACUGUAUAGAUUACAGCUCACAUACAAUAUGCUGGGGUCCUCAAACUACGGCCCGCCAGGGUCCUGAACCCAGCCCCAGCAUUUAGGGUCACUCGAUGACCACUAUAUAUUUAGGGGCCCGGUCAGCGCUGCGGCUGUGCAAUAGCGCGACCAGGCCCCUUAAAAAAAAAAAAAAAAAAAAUUGCAAGUAGUGCUGGGAGGAUGUGACGUUCGGUCACUUCCUCCCAGCUCCCUCCGCGCAGGAAAGAAGAGACAGGCCGCGAGGACAGAAGAGCCACGCCGACUCCCAUCAGCCAAAGCCACUCUCCUGCAAAAAAGUAAGAACAAUUUGCUGUAUGUAUGUGUUUGUGUGUGUGUGUGUGUGUGUAUGUAUGUAUGUCUCUAUGUAUGUGUUUGUAUGUGUCUGUGUGUGUGUGUGUAUUUCAGUGUCUAUGUCAUUGUGUGUGUGUAUCGGUAUGCAUGUCUGUAUGUGUGUGUGUGUGUCUGUACAUGUCUGUGUGUGUCUAUAUUGGAAUUAGUUCAAAUUGUUUUCAAACUAUAGUGCGGCCCCCAACAGUGUCUGAGGGACAGUGAACUGGCCCCCUGUUUAAAAAGUUUGAGGACCCCUGAUAUAGUGACUUUGAAGACAAGCAGCAAACAGAUCCAGAGAAUUUGUUCGGAUUAAUAGAACCUGUAGAGAUACUUCAGAAACCUACCGGGCCUGUAUCGUAAAAACUAAGGCUGUAUUUUGCCUUCAAGAAAGAACACGUGGAGCCACCUGUCCGUUUUUUGUCCUAGCAAUAAUUUGCUCUUGUCUUACCUUCAUGUAUGUUUAAAGUGUCUAUUUCACUGUAACGUAAAGUUUAUGAAAUGCCCAUCGUGCCUGCAUUGGAGUGUCAUUGAAAUUCCAACGCCAUCAAAAGCUAAGACAAAGUAGGCAUUAUUCUGUUUUAUGUUCAUGCCUGAAGGUGGCGCAUCUGCCAUAACAUUUUCCCUCAGCCGAAUGGAAUUUUAGAUCUUCUCAAUCAUUGCGUGAGUUGGUCUGUGGAGGAAUCUUCUGUCUUGUGAGAUCCUCUAUAGACCUCUGCACUGUACCGAUUCAGACUCGUGUAAAAGGAGUAUUACAUCAGCCUACCACAUGUGUCACUGCUUACCGAGUGGGAAUGUCACAUUCGGUGCGUCUUUACAAAUUAUGCUCUAAAUUCUGCCUUCUGUAUUAACCUCUUAGACUUCAGGUGAAAAGUUAUUCUGUGUAUUUUUUUUUUUUCUUUGGAUGUCUUUUUCCUUUUUACAAUAUAAAGCAUAAAUUGUUAAAACAAAAAAAAAAAAACACAUCUUGCGCAUGCGUGUGUUUUAAUUGAUUGGGCAGCUUCAUCUCUGGUUUUGUUUCUCUCCCCCCUGUAGCUGGAAGAUCUCUCAGAUGCAUCUUUCUCUGCGUUGCACGCCAAAUGUGAGGAAAUGGAGCGGGCGAGAUGGCUGAGUACAAGCAUUCCUCCUCAGCGUCGCGGCAGUAGGUAAGGACAAUCAGUGGAGAGAAAUGUCCCUGUGACCGUUGUAGAAUAAUUGCUACAGAAGAAUCCUCCUGUCCUAGAUCAUUCUUUUCGUUAAAAAAAGUGAUACAUGAUUAAAAAGGGCACUGUAGGCACCAAAAACAACUUUAGAUAAAUUAAGCAGUUUUGGUGUAUAUAUCAUGCCCCUGCACUUGCAGUUCUGUGCUAUAUAUAUGUGUGACUAGGGUUUGCAUAAACAGAAACAAAGUGAUUUAACUCCUAAACGGUAGAGAAUUGAGCAGGUAGACUGCAGAGGCAUAGUCUAUACACCAAAACAGUUGUUUUGAUGCCUACAGUAUCCCUAGGGCCGGCUUUAGAUGCCCUAUACAUAAAAAAAUCUUAGCGUUCCUCCCUGGUCAUACCCCCUUCAUCCAUGUGUAGUUUUUGUGUGGGGGAUUUAUUACAUUUAGAAUUAUUUAAAAACAAAUAUUCAUUCCCCCAUGUCCCUCCAGUGUGCUGGGAAUCUGGUCUUCUGUGCCUCUGCCUGGUGCAGACCAUCAGUAACUGUUUUGCAAAUUCAGGCACUUAGUGUCAGGGCUUUCCUGUUAUCCAUGGCCAGGCUGUGAUUGGCUGUCGCUUGGGAGAUGGCUACUUAUGGUCGGUGGGCAAUAGAGGGGCCAGACUGCCUCCCCGGCGUCACAGAGGAGCAGAUUAAGUAUAAUGUGCCGCUGUCACAUAAUAUAUACGGAGUUGUUUUGCUGUGGAACUCAGGAUUUUCCUUAUUUACUUUGACAUCCUUGGUAUAAAAACAUACAGUAAAGCGCUGAGUUUAUCCAUUUACCACUGAGCUCCACUGCAAAAAAUUAAAAAUAAAAGCCCUCCCAGUACUAUGUGGUGUGUACCAGUUUAUUACAGAACUCCACAACAAUAAAACUCCCAGUAAUGAGUGUGUGUUUAGAGCUCCCCGUAUGACAGACCUCCACUGUAAGACACACAUGAUAUAUUGUGAGAUUUAUGUGUGUGAUAUGUUUGCUAUGUGUUGGCUGUGUGUGAUAUUUGUGCUGGAUUUAUUGGCUGUGUGUGAUGGGCCUACAUGCAUAUUUUUAUCGGAAUUAAAUACCCAUGUGUACACAGUUACAGGCAGAUAUUUACCUCUAUCCAUUUUAGACUGGAGGGGGUGAGAAGGGGAUUUGGAGUCUCUGGUGUCUAGUAGUUGGGAAAGCAGGAACUCCUUCCUGCUUUCCGCCUUCGUGUGCAGCGGGUUCAGGACGCUUUUAGCUCCGCCUUGCUGCCUCUCUCUGGUUCUCGGAGGAUAAUUAAAUCCUCAUCCCUGGGUGCAUAGCACAACCUGCAGUAUAGGAGUGUCUGUGCGUUCCCCUCACUGCGCCGCACAAUUAUACGCUGGCCUUGAGUAUCAUUAUCCCUUUAAAGGGUACUCCAUGCACCAAAGCCACUUCAGCGGUUUAAAGUGGUUAUGGUGCUUGAAGUCUGUAUGUGCAGCGUUUAAUUCUGAAACUGCAUAUACAGAGUUUAUAGCGCUCUGCUGCUGGAGAAGUAAUUCCACCUCCGACAGUGUCUUUAAGGCAUCAUUAGCCAGUCCAGAACAAAGGUCAGGGCUGGUUAAUGCAAUUCUGUGCAUAUUGGACAUCUUUCUUCAGCAUGCUAGACAACCAAAUCCUGUUACCCCCAGCCCUCCUUUUGCCUUCCAUGUCCUCCCCUCGGCCCAUCCUUGGGCUGGCUCCCCUCCCCCUGCAGUGAGAAGGAGUGAUAUCACCAUGGAUGGAUUAGACUCCUGGGAUUACUGGUAGUUUUUUUUGUUUUGUUCCCAGUUUGUUUCCAGCCACUGCUGAGUUGCUUUUAUUUAAUUUGUGUGAUUUUUAUUUAUUUAUAUUCUCUUCCAGAACUCACCGGACAUCUGAAGGCUCUAACACACCUCAGACUUCAGUUUCACAUUCUCUGACACUCCAGCCGCCGUCCCCAGACACAGGCAGCUGGCAGGCCAUCCCAGAUUUCUCACCCCUCAGCCCGGAUACCCUCUCUGCACCACCUACGCCCACCUCAAGGGACACUUCCCGUCUGCUUUCCGAGGAGACACAGAGCUCAAUUUCAGAUUCUGGACAUGAGGAGAGGGUGAGAGGUUUUUACUUGAUGAUUAGAUUUGUGUACUCCUAGUACUUACAAAAUAAUAUUUUAAAGAUUUCACUUUUCUUUAAUGAUGUCUUUAUUUGCCUAACUUUUUGCAGAUUGUGCAGCCCUGGGAGAGGAGACACUUCCCUCUUCCCCAUCACCCCAAACAAAACAUUGCAGAACCCAGUGAGCCCAUUGAUUGGGGAGGGCCGAGGCCCCCACGCCGAACUUCUUGCAGCUCCAGAACUGCCAAAGACCCAGAGGGAGCCCCAUCAUCUCCCCCUUGCUCUUCCUCCAGACCACGACCCCUUCAUCGAUAGAUGGGAGGGGAGAUGAGGACGAUUGUAAAUUCACUGAGAUGACAAUUUGGCUUCAGAAGAAUCUGCUGUUUGAUAUUCAAACUUUAUCCCCAGAGAAGAGCGCAAAUUUCACAGUUUUUUAGUGAAUUUAAUAACUUUCCCCCCCUUCUUUAAUUUCCUUUCUUUGAGUCUUUGAUUGCUAUCCGCAUGAUCAGCACAUUUCUGUACGUGCAUUGCGCUCCCCUCAAAGUGGUUUAAGCUGCAGAAUCUAUAAUGCUUGAGACCUCUUUGUUCCCACUUCAUACAGGGGAGGGCUGGGGGUAACAUGCUUUAAAGCUGAUUGUGAUUCUCCCUCUUAAAUGCCAGAAAAAUUUGAACCUAACCCUGUUACGUUCCAGAGGUAUAACUGCCUCCCCUCUGGGGCUGUCAUGUUCCCAGCCUUAUGACCCCAUCUAGUGUUUGCCCAGUGCAUGUGCAGCUUCUAUAGAAAUUCAUCCCAUGCUGUCGAAUUCCUUCCCGACAAAACCAGAAAUUCACAAGCCUACUAAUAAAAGCACUUAGUCUUUGUGUUUAGGGAAGGGGCUUAAACAACGUACAAAGUACAACUCAUGCCGUUGUGUGUUUGUGUGUAAAAUAUUUAUGUACAUGUACAGGAGACUUGGAAGUGAAGUGACGUGAAUGAGAGAUAUAUUUUUUUUUUUGAGGGCCUAAAACACCAAUAGUGACCAGUUUGAUUAGCAUGCUGGAUAUAUAUAUUUUUAACUCCGUAAAGGCACAGUUAAAAGGUGAACUUUCUGAUUUAAUAUGCAAGGGGAAAUCGAAAGGCUAACAGAAGCAGCAAUUUAUCUCAAAGUGGUUGUAAAAUGAUUGUUGAUCUCUUAUAUCCCAUUAUGUAUAACUUAUGAGUGUAGAAAUGGCUAUCCUACCACCAGACCCAUAUUUCUGUUGUGUAUGAAUAUAUUUUGAUAUUUUUGUCUUUAAUGUGAUGUCUAAAGGCAUUGUCAAAUCAACUUUCCAGGGAUAUUGAAUUGAAGGUCCUGUUUUGAUUCCAGGGCAAUUGGACACUAUUGGAUUUUUUACGCCAGUCUAUACUUAAACCUUACUGCCCUAGUGCUACAAUUUUAUUAUGUUUUCCCUCUCCACGGAAAUCCUUCUCUCCUGACUUGUGUUGUGCACUUAGGUAAUUUGGACUUUCCAACAGUCCAGGUAUAUCGACGAUAUAGAACUGCCACUUACGUUAACCAUUUUUCACAAAACCCUUGGUUUAGCUAGACAUCAGGAAGUACCCUUCCUGGGUGAUAUACUUUUAUGUUGUUCAAUCAGUCUUUUGAUCCUUUAUGGUCGCCGUUUGAUCAGCAAAGUGUGGUAUUCUAGUAAUCUCCCAAGUCAUUAAGAUUGCUAUAUUGUAAUAUACAUGCGUGGCUUCAAUAUGCUGAAAUUAAUAUUCAGCAUAAACCCGAUGUGCUACAAUAAAGUAAUAUUUAAGGAAAUUGAUUAAGGAUCAAGUAGACCAAUUUAAAAAAAAAAAAAAUGUGUGGAAAAAUCUGAUAAAUGAUUAUCUGAUGAUUCCGUAUAUAGGGAAAUGGUUAAUAUGUUUUCGUUUGUAUAGUGCUUUUUUUUUUUUUUUUUUUUCAAAGCCAACUUGAAUGAAGGAAUACAUCCAAUGUAACAUGAUUGCAGGUGACUCUUAGCGUUGAAUGAUAGAGAUGCUUACUAAUCCAUUUGUCAUUGGGUUAAGAAAACCCUUAAAGCCUGCUGUGGGCUUUUCAGAAUUUGUAGACCAAAUAACGUCACUGCCUCCCCUGGUUUAUCUGUAACCAUUUUCUUUUCUUUUUUUCCUCGUCCAUACUUAAUCACUGACGCAGUGCUUUCACUUUCCCAUAUUUGCAGUUGAGGAGGAAAAGGGCAAUGAUUUUAACUGGAAAGUAUUGAUUCAAAAGAAGGCAACUCUCUCUGACUUUGACCUCAACCCCACAGGAUGUGCUAAAUCUGUGUAACAGUCCCACUGGUUGUGUUCAUUCCUGCACUUUGUAUAUUCACUGAAAAAAUAUAUAUAUAUUGUACUCUUUCCUUCUCUGCGGUGAGACUUUAGAUGCACUCCUUCAACAUAAAAAAGAAAAAAAAUUCAUAAUUUUUCUGUAUUCAUUACUUGCCCUUUAUUUUGUUGUAAUUGUAUCUUUUUUUUUUCGUCUCUUUAAAUUUCUUUAACUUUUUUUUUUUUUUAAUAUAUAUAUCUAUGUAUAUCUCUUUCUAUGCCAAUUUUGAAGCGCCGUGAUACUUUUGGGUUAAGUUGUUUAAAAAUCCCCCGUUUGCCCUGCUACUGACCUGAGCAUUAAUUGCUGUAGUUCUCAAAUGAGAAAAUAUGUUGAAAAUUUAAGAGAACUCUUAGCAUUGUACAAAAAAAAAAAAAAAAGACGGAAAAAAAAGGAUGCAAGACUUCUAUUUUGUAAAUAAUUUUGUAGUAGCUUUAUGUUUUGUUUCAAAAAAGAAAAAGAGGGAAAAAAAAAAAAGCCCCCUUCACCCGGGUGGUUUAAAGACUGUGUAGUCUUAUCUCCCGGAUUGUAUAGAGAGAAAAGUUAAUUUCUUUUUUUAUUUUAUUUUAUUUUACUUUUUUGAUGUUGUUGGUUUUCAGGGUAAUUUCUUUUAUUUCUAUAACAUCUUUAUCCUGUUUGGGGGGGAAAAAGAAAUAAAAUAAAAAAGGCACGGGGAGAAAAAGUGCUUGAGGGGGAAAAAACAAAAAUUUAAGAAAAAUAAAACCGUUAAACCUGAUUCUGUCUGAUUUCAUACUUUCAUAUAAAACGUACAAGAGAUUGUGAACACAUGGAGCAGAAUAACACACCUGUGGGCAUAAAGUAAAGG